AUGGAUCUCCUUCCUCCACCUCUUCAGUAUGCAGAUCAGAGCGGUGGGCGGGGCGGACGGCUCGGAGGUGUUCCCCCUGCAGAGACAAGUCUGCACCUCCCUACAUGGCUGGACUCGUGUGUUUGGCGUGCAGAGGGCGCAGAGAGGAGACGCAGAGCAGCAGAUCUGUAAGUGACUCUUGACUCGUGCAUGAAUGUGUUUCAGCAGAGCGCUCUAAGACUGUGCAGGUCCAGGCUUUUUCACAUCAGGGUUCGGUUUAGUUUUUAAAAGCUGAGAUGGAUCCAGUUAAAGCUUCAUGAGUUUCAUUGAUCCGUCACUUUAAUCUGGUUUAAACUCAACUUUCUAAUCCAGUUUUAUCGUCACAGAAACAAGAUCUUUAAAUCUUUAAUCUGAUUCAGUUUUGAACUCCUGACAUAAAAACCUCAGCUCUGACAUUCCUCACAUUGUUCUCUGAGAGGGUUUCAGCUCUAACAUUAUGACUCCUGCUCCAUAAAAACAUGAGUUACUGAAUACACUUUAAUGUUGUUUUAAUAAGAGACACACAUCCUGGUGAAUUUGGACGUUUGUGCAGAUUUUGAAGAAGUUCAGCCUGUAAACUCAGUAACAGUGAAGGAUAAUAACACUUGAGAUUUUUCUGCAAACCUCUUGAGUUUGAGUCUUCAGGGACAUAUUCGUGUUUUUGUUUAACUCUGAUGAUCUGGAGUUUGGCUCUAAACUCCUCUGGAUUUACGAGAUUAGGACAUAAAUCUGUCAGACUGCAGGAGUUCACUCACACUGAUCACUAUCAGUCUGUUAAAACCUGCAUGAAUGAGUGUGAUGAGGGAACACCGGAGUUUAACCGCAGCUAAAGGAUCAUUCUGCAGUUUUUUGGAGAUAAAUAAAAGGUGCAUUUAAGGCAGCAGCAGCAGUGUGUGUCCUCUGAGUUUUAAUCCGCUCUAAAGUGUCGGUGAAACGAGCUUUAAAGAGUCAGAAAUGCUCCACAUGCACGACUGAAACUGACAGUUAGAGAAUGAAACUGUGAAUUUGUAUUUAAACAACACCAACAACAGUAAAAGUGCAAUAAUACACCCCUAAUCAUUUAUCAGUCAUGUGCAGUACCAUCAUCAUCAUCAUCAUCAUCAUCAUCAUCUUCUUCAUCAUCAUCCAUACCUGUCUUUUUGUCGGCACUGAUCUUUCUUCUCUGUAAUAUUGUUCUCAUGUCUGUAGUGCCGUUCUUCCCUUUUCCGUAGUUCUUCAUCUUAUUUGUUUUUUGUGUUCGCUGUUUAACCGCUGUUAACAAUUUCAUCUCCCCACUGAGGAAUGAGGAAAAGAAAAUCUAAUCUAAUCUAAAAUGUUGUGCAUGCAGUACAGAGUAAAACUGUAAAAUACAGAUCAAACUGGACCACAUGCAUCUCCAGAAUCAGACAGUAACUGCCUGAAAUUCUUGUUUUUGUUGAACUUUGUGUCUAAAACUUUGAGAUUUUCCCCCAAAAAUCUCUUUUAAGACAAAAACAGAGUCUUUAAUUUAAUCAUUGAUCUGUUGGUGAAACAGAAGCGCUCGAAUCUUUUUCUUUCUGCAGUUUUUGUCUCUCUCUUGAUGCUUCUUUAAACUCCGGGCUGAAGUUGUUUUCAGUCUGAAUCAAAUGUCUGCAGUUCUUCUCAUUUACAGUCCGGAUGUCGAACACAUGCGGCUCUCGCUCUCAGCCACGCACCGCAGGUUUCCUUCACUCACACUCUUUGAACUGUUUGAUGCGGAGCUGAGCGAACUUUGUGUUUCUCUCCACACUGUCUUUGUGUUUCAUGAUAAAUGCUGCCGAGCGGAGACGGAGCCGCAGAGUACGGAAGGUCAAUCAGGACAAAACUGUUGGCAGAGAAACAAACAUUCAGGCUGUAAAUCUGAGAGUGAGGGAGUGAGCACAGGUGGGUUCAGAGAGGGAGAGUUUGUUUACUGAGGUAUUAAAGUCAGAUUUUAAAGUUUUUUAUCACUCAAAGGUUUUACUCAACGUUCAGAGCCGCAGAGAGACUGUGUAUGAAGCAGCAUCAUCAGGCCGCUGUCAGGACUCUUCAACAGCUUCUGAAACAAACUGAAACUCAGCCUGACGCUCAAGUUUUCCUUUACUGUGAACUCAAAGUGUUUAGAGCUCCCCCUGCUGGCUGCCUGCAGUAUAGCUCUGUAGCCCCGCCUCCUCCCUGUGAACAGAUGGAGCAGAUGUUAAAUUAUAACUAAAUACACAUAAAAAAACCCUCAACCUUCUUUUUAGACUGUUAGUAUUUUAGUUUUAAAUGAUAACGAUGAUGAACGGGACGUUUUCAGUCAGACAGGGUUAGUCGAUGUUUUUGACGUCUUUGAAACAAAAUAAUAAGUGCAGUUUCUAAAAAAAAUCUUUGUAGUUAAAUAGACUUUAAAAUGUGCUCAUGGUUCAGUCGUUCAGUCUCUUAAAUCUGGACUUUCAGGAUCUAAAGCAGCGUAAAGAUGGAGCUCGUGACGCAGCUGGAAUUUUGUCCUGAACGGCCUUCCGUACUUCAGGCAGCUCUGUUUCAUGUAAGUUCGACUUCUGACGCUGAAGUCAUGGUGUUCCCCGCCCCACCCCCUCCAGGCCUGAGACCCUCCCCCACCCUGAGACCCCCUUCAUCUGCAGCUCAUCUGGUUCUGAUUCCACUUUCUCGUCUUGGCCUUCAACAGAAAACAGAAACAUGACGUAACUCUCCUGAAAUCUGAACCUUUUACUCACGACUGAUUUCAUCUUCAAUAACUUUGAAUUUUCUUUAUCAUUUUUUUCUCUUUUUUAGACUUUAAAACUUUCAUGGUCUCCUCGUGGUUCUCAAAGAUCUCAGAGAUCACCUCUCCUCUCUUUACUUUUUGUUACUUCAUGAUUCAGUUUCUUCAUUUGAGCUCAAAUCCAGUCAGAUGAAGAAGGUCGCCUCUCCUGUUUCUCCUGACCGUUUCUCUCCUGCAGCCUCUCAUAGGUUUCUGGAUUCUGGGUGAAGGUAUUCUGGACCACCCUUCCUUAGAGAACAUCACCAGGUCGGUUCAGUUUGAUGGUUUCUGGACCUCUCACAGGUCUUCAGUGAUGUUCCAGUCUGGAGACCAGGAUGACCAGAACAUCUCAGCCGUUCCUCUGCAUGAAUGUCCGUGUAGAUUUAGUGUUUUGGGUCGUCGUCUUGUUGAAAUAUCCAUCCCUCACUUCGACUUUGUAACAGAUUCUUGAACUUGAUUCUGAAGAUUCCCAGUACUGGCGCUGGUCCCACAGCAUGAUGGGAGUUUCACCGUGGACACCAAGUGUUUUUCUUGCUGUUUUCUUUCGCCGCCAUCCAUCACGCCACUUCUUCUGCCCAAAUAAGUCAAGCUGUGACUCAUCAGUCGUCCCUCACCUUCUUCCAGAAUGAAGCUGGCUCGUCCAAAUGUGCUUUGGCGUCCCUCAGGCGAGUCUGUUCGUGGCGUUUGCUCAGGAAAGUCUUCUUCCACGUCGCUCUCACAUACAGAGUUUUCACUCUUGGAGGCGUCUGUGGUUGUUUUUCUCACCGUCCUUCACCUUUGCCAGUAUUUUUCUUGGUCUGAACAGAACCUGUUCCUGUAGCCUUCAGGUCCCUCACCGUGUUCCUGAAAUCGCUGAGCGAGCUCUCUGGAACCUUCUCCUAAACCGUAAAACUCAACAAUCUUUGUAAUCUUUGUCGUCGCCGCUCUUCAGAGGAGAGUCAAAGAGAACUUAACGCUGGAAACUCCCCAGAACUCUGUUUUAUUAGAAAGUGUUCUGUUACUACGAAGCCCGAACCUCUUCAUCUGACUGUAGAUCUGGAUCAGAUCUGGAUCAGAUCUCUAUGUCCCCCUCACGUCUCCAGUAAGUGUUUCUGUCUCGGUUAUCUACACAGAUCUGUGACUCUGACUCCCAAGGGUCAGAUCUGCUGCCCUCUCUGCAGAGCGAGGCGCGCACAAACACAGAAAAAUGUAGAAGUCGUCUUUUCUCAGAUUUACUGCUGUCGGACCGCCUGGAUCAGAUUUAUAAAUCUGUAAGAGCACAAGCCCACGGCUCGCCAUAAAUGGACUCAACAAAACCCCCUAAACAUGUGUUUGCAUGUCUGAGAGAGAAUAUCCAACGAGACGCAGAGUUUCACUCCUACACGUCCUCAGCAGACCAGAACAGCUGCUCAACGUGAGUCAUGAGCCUCAACGUAAACUAACAAAGAGCGUCUCAGUCGAGUUUAUCAUCGACCCUGUGAGGUCUGAGGAAUCUUGACCUCGUCGUUUUAACGCCUGCUCUUCAUUUCAUCUGCGUGAUUCCUCCAGGAUGAUCUGAGGAAUCACAGUUUCUGUCCUAAGACGGCGGCCACAGUGAGCGAACAACAAAAUCGACAACAAAUCCCGUAAACUAAAGAUCCGGAUCGUCUCUUCAUUAUUAGAAAAUAUCCUGGAUGUCACUGAAAGCUGCUGGUCUCACGGAGCGAGUGGAUUUGAUCCUGAACUUCUGCUUUAACCAAAUCCUGAGAGGAGAACACACAAGAGAGGGACUUCUUUUAAUCAAUAAUAAUCAAUCAAUAAUCAGGUUCAAAGUCUACGCAGACGAUUCCUCCUUCAUGAUUGGAGAGAUUCGGAGCGUGGGUGGAGAUGACAGCUGAGGUCUGUAGGAAAUAAGGAAAGGAAAUAAGGAAAGGAGCUUCAUUUUUCUGAUUGUGAAUGUCGUCUUUUCUCCGAAAACUUAUUAACGUGCUGCUGCUCCUAAAAACCAUAAAAUCGUUAAAAACCGUAAAAUCGUGAAAAACCGUAAAAUCGUUAAAAACCGUAAAAUCGUUAAAAACCGUAAAAUCGUUAAAAACCGUUAAAUCGUUAAAAACCGUAAAAUCGUUAAAAAACGUUAAAUCGUUAAAAAACGUAAAAUCGUUAAAAUCGUAAAGUUCGUCUCCGUCUUGGUGACCUUAUCUCAGAGGGAUCAGGAGUCUGGAAAUAUCAGCUCUGCAGAUCAGAGUUUAACAUUCGAGGACUUUCAGCUUCAGGCGGUGCAUACCAAACAUGCAUCAGCACAACACACACACACACACACACACACACACACAUACACACACAUGGUCAGAGACAAACACACACACACACACACACACACACACACACUGAAGCUGCUCUGUGAUGGUGGAUUAGCUCUGAUGAAGGUUUUUCACACUCGAGUGUGUUUACAUGUUUUUAUCCUCGGUGUGUCAUAGAUCAGCUGCACCUCGAGUGUGUGUGUGUGUGUGUGUGUGUGUGUGUGUGUCUGUGUGUGUCUGUGUGUGUGUGUGUGUGUGUGUGUGUGUUGUUUCCUGGAGGACACAGAGUUCGAAGCCUUUUUUGGUCAGAGUUUACAUUUCUAAACACUCGGUCAUUAUCGGGGAGAGAGGAGGAGGCAGGAACCAAUCAGGACUAUCGGAUCAGGAUCAGGCCACGCCCCUCAGAGUCCAGAGACUCUGUUUGGACCUGGUCUUCCUCCACCACAUCCCUGAUGGAGCUGAUGGUCUUAUCUGUCCGAGGUUUCCUCUGUUUCCUCGAGUGACUUUAACCGACCUGAAGAGAAACUGAAGGAGGAGGAGAAGGAGAAGGAGGAGAGGAGAGAGAGAGGAGAGGAGAGGAGAGGAGAGAGGAGGAGAGGAGAGGAGAGGAGAGGAGAGAGGAGAGAGGAGGAGAGAGGAGAGAGAGGAGAGCAGGGAGAGGAGAGAGGAGGAGAGAGGAGAGGAGAGGAGAGAGGAGGAGAGAGGAGAGAGGAGGAGGAGAGAGGAGGAGAGAGGAGAGAGAGGAGGAGGGAGGGGAGGAGGAGAGAAGGAGAGAGGAGAGCAGGGAGAGGAGGAGAGAGGAGAGCAGGGAGAGGCAGAUAUUAGUCUUUUUUUAAAUUCCAGGUAUUUUUAAUUGACUAACAGCGUAGACUCUCAGACUCUCAGACUCGUAGACUCGUUCAUAUCAGUUAAUGAAUUUCUUAGUAAAAGGCAAACGUUGAAAUAUUUUCCUCUCUGGUUACAACAUGUUACAUUUGAAGCUCCUCCUCCUUCUAUGAAAACGAUCACUGAUUGGACCGUCAGUAAACCAGAUAAAGUCUUUUUUCAGCAAGUUCCUCAUCGCUCUCUGUCGUCUUCUUUUAUACAAAAACCCUGAGUGAAAGCAGACACAUAACUUCCUGAGAUGAAACUCCAGCCUAAGACCAGAUAAACGGGAACCUAAACAUCAGUGAGUGUCCGGACCGCCACACAAACAUCAGUCUGUGUUUGUGAGCGCUCAGCUGUUCAUAUUUGUGCCUUUUAACAGACUCGGCGUUUUCGUUUACGAGGUUCACUCUCCUACAUCUCGAACGGUCUUUGAGGGUCAUGAUCACCUCUCUCCUCCUGAGUCCAGCCUCAGUCUUCAGCUGUCUGUGGAUCACUGACUACGAAACCUUUGUGGGGUUGUUGGUCCUGAAGCUGGCUAACCCCCGACCUCCACCUUCAUCCUGAUCGUCUCCUAAAAGGUCGUAUCCUCCGAUCGUAGCUGAUCGUAACCAUUCAAGUUAACGUGUCAAUUUACACCGACUUCUGGAAAGGAAGUCGGGCACAGACACAAAAUAAAACAUCCGGCUUCUUUUCAAAAUAAAACACUCCGUGUUUCAGGAGGAUCGUAUUUCACACCAUGCAAACGGGCGGAGACGAACAAGUGAAAGGUUUUUAGACGUCAUUUCACCCCGAUGACACCAUGGAUGAGGAGAUGCUGAUUCCAGAAGUCUAGAAGUAGAUUUCCUCCUCUGGAAGGACACAAUCUACUGCUUAUAUGUCUAUGUGUCUGUCUUUAGAGAGACAACUCGUUAUCGUGUGAUUGAACGUGAAUCUGCGGGUUCUUGUGAGUUCUUGUGAUUCCUGCUGUUUGUAAUCCGCUAUGUAAUUCACCGGACAAACGGAUCCUGUAGGAAUUAGCGGACCGUAAGAAUCGCAGCCGUUGUUAGAUCGGGGAAGGGGGUUCAGGAGAGACUACCACAUGACUGGUCCCAGACCUGAUCCCUGAGGUACGCCACACCUGAUCCAAGAUGGCUGUCAGUUUCUGACAGUGUGUGUGUCCUCAGGUCGUCUCUGUUGGGCCAAUCAGAAUGAACCGCAGUGAUGAUGUCAGUCGUUGUUUGUUGAUGAGGUUUUUGUGUGUUUCAGGAUCGGUGCCGGCCUCCGUCCUCCUGCUGAAGUGUCCUUGAGCCUGACGCUGACCCUGAACCAGGUAACGUGUCUCUCAGCUGUGAGGCUUCUGUUCUUCAACAUCUGAAAGUCUUUCAGUUUCUGUCCUCCUCGUCUCUGUUGGACUUUGACACCCUGAGUUCGUGUCCUGGUCUGUCAGGAGCGCUGAACCUCUCUGUUUGAGUUUGAGGCUAAUUCUGCUGCUGAUUCCUGGGUCAGUAGAGCGGCGUCCAUAAAAACUGUGGAUUGUUGAGUCUGCUCCGUCUGACCAAACGUGGUUUCAUGAUCAGAUUCAGGAUGUUUCUGCUCUCCUGAUUGGCUGUGGGAGUUCAUAACGAGGAAUUUCCUGCAGACUCUCUCUCUGCGUCUCUUGAUCUGCUCGAAGGUCUUUAAUGUUGUUGUUUUUUAUUUACGGCUCUGACAACAUUAAAGAAAGUCUCUCUGCAGAGUCAGACCACAUAACCAGGAACAUCUACUCCAUGAUUUCUCCACAGAGACAAACAGUCUUUCAGAGCUGCUCACAUCCGUCCGUCUGUUUGUCUUACUGUGUUUGACAUCUAUUAUAUUACAUCUAUAAUGAGACAAAAUAAACAGCGACGUUUUCACUCUGAGAGAAAAGAAAGUCUGUUUUGUUAUGAGAGUCAAAGUUGUAGUGAAGCGAAAACAUUUAGAGAAUAAAGUCAUAAUAAAGUUUCUCUUUCAAACAGCUUCAUCGCUCAGGAAGAGACUCAGUUACAGACAUGAUUCAUUCUUAUGAAUUUUAUUAUAAUUAUCAUUAUUAUCAGAAUGACUUCAGAUUCAUUACAUAACUCUGAUAACGACUCUGUUCCCAAAACAACUUUGUGCUAAAAAUGUCAUUUUGAUUCUGUGUGACUUUUUUCUCAUUAUGAGGUUUGAGAAAAUCGUCUGCGCUCCGUCUCUUAAAGCUGUUUUUAAUGAACCUCUCACAGUUUUUGAUGUUGGCAUUUUAAUCAAACAGGUCCAUCAAGGACAACAGUUUUAAUACCUGAAACCGGAGACAGAGGUCACAGUAUUAACAUUAAUAAUUCACAAUAUUAACAUUAAUAAUUCUCAAUAUUAACAUUAAUAAUUCACAAUAAUAACAUUUAUAUUAACAUUAAUAAUUCACAAUAAUAUUAAUAAUUCACAAUAAUAAUAAUUCACAAUAAUAACAUUAAUAAUUCACAAUAUCAACAUUAAUAUUAACAUUAAUACUUCACAAUAUUAACAUUAAUAAUUCACAAUAUUAACAUUAAUAAUUCACAAUAUUAACAUGAAUAAUUCACAAUAAUAACAUUAAUAAUUCACAAUAUUAACAUUAAUAAUUCACAAUAAUAACAUUAAUAAUUCACAAUAUUAACAUUAAUAAUUCACAAUAUUAACAUUAAUAAUUCACAAUAUUAACAUUAAUAAUUCACAAUAUUAACAUUAAUAAUUCACAAUAAUUCUCGGUGUGUUUGACUGUCAAAAAGAAGUGAGAUCAGUUUGUUUGUUAAAAGACAUUACUGAAGCCUGUUAGGACAAGAUAAGCAAACACAGAUUUGUCCACAGGGGGCGCCAGAGUCAAUACAAACUAGAAGUUCCUUACUGGAGCUUUAAUAUCCAGUCAAAUCUAAUAAAUCACAAACCCACUCGGUGUUUUCUGAAAUCAGCUCGUCGUUUCUGUCGGUAUAAAACUGUCACGGGAGAUCGGACCGUAGACGUAAACAUGAGUAGAAGCUGCAGAUCGAAAACAAACAACGUUUAACAAAGUCGGGAUGAAAAUAAACGUGUUAAAUGUCUCAGACUUUAUCCAACAGUCAGCGGGUUCAGAGGGUUUAAUCAGGCUGAAUCCAGACUAAACAAGUCAAACUCAGAGUCUGACAGAUUCCUCUGUUAUCACGUUAGAAACACAGGAAACAGAGAGCUGGAGUUCCUGUUCGCACAUCACGCUGAGAGGUGAGGAGGAUCUGUUUCAGUUCAGCUGCAGAGAAACGCUCUGAGCAGGAUUUCAGCACGUUUGAGCGAUGAAACAAACUCCGAUUUUCUCACUUAUGAACGUCUGCAGAGAGUUAUUCAGUAAAAAGAGUCAGAAAAGUCCGAUCUCUGUGUCUGUCUGAGAGCCUCAAACACUGUGAAGGAUCUGUUUAUCGUCCCCGGCUGCAGGUCGAGCUCCUCCUUCUUCACGUUUUCAGUCUCAUACAGGUAUUUUUGGAGUUUCCCCCUGUGGGACUCAUAAAGGUAGCUCUUAUCUUAUCUCGUAUGUUCAGAUGUUUCUCUGGCAGAGUUUACUCCUCAUUUGUCUCGGCUGUCUGUGUGUCUAAGUGGUUUUGUCCAAGUUUGGCCCGCUCUGCGUUUACAGCGCAUCAUAACUCACUCUGCAUGUUUUCUGCAGCGACCGUCAUUAUCAGAUUUGACUGAAACCCCGAAGCUUAACUUCGUUAACUCUGGUGAACCGCAGCCGUCAGCGCUCUUGGCCUGUUCUCCUCCGAGAAAAAAACAAGUACAUAAAUAUAUUUCAAACAUUUUUAACCUCUCUAAGUGUUUCCUGAUCAUAUUAAAGACCACUAAGUGGUCUGCCUCUACAUUUGUCACCAUCAGAGCUGCAGCUGGUCUGAGGUCUGAUGGAUGUCAUGUGGUCUGGCAGCCUCGGUGGUCAUUUGUGAACAGCUGCUUCGACCUCCUUACUCAUUAUUUCUGUGUCAAACAGGGUUAAGUGUUCGUCUGAAUCAUUAGUCCCUGUGGUUCAGAGUCCAGGUUAACGAACGGGUCGGCUCGCUGAGUCCUGAUCCGACUGACAAAGACGAAGAGAAUAUAGAGAAGAGGAAGAGCUUCAUGUCUUCGUCUGAAGAUGGAGGCUGUGAAUCCAAAAACAGACCAAAUAGGACCGGGCGGUAUGGCCUCAAAUCAAUAUCUCGAUAUAUUGAUCAGUUCACUUUGAUAAUGAUAAAUGAACUACUCCACAAGCUGGUCACCCCCCCCACACUAACUCCGUCUACUCCAGCCGCUCCAGCUGCUCCAACUUUGAGUGAUUUAUUUUUUUGACAAUAACUAUACCAUUAGGGGCAAAAUGACGUCGGUUAUUGUCGUAAAUUUUGGUAUCGGUAAAUUCUUGGUUUAUCGCCCAGCCCUUACACUAAACAUACAGAACACUGAAGAACUGUGAAACAGACUGUUCCUGCAGAGAGGAGAAUAAGGAACAGCAAAGUGGAAACUUCUGGACAGAUGUUUCUUUGACUCGGUUAUAUCAUGAUUGCAAAAUUCAGAGCGUUAGACCCACUGAUGGAGAUUUUAUCAUCUACUAAAUAUGAGCUGCAUCCUAUAAAGCAGAGCUACACACACAGGGCUUCACUUUGUUCACAUGGAGAACACAAAGAACUUCAGGGGAUCAAUGAAAACUGAUCAAUAAUGUUUGUCUUAUUGAUCGACCUUAGUACUGUUAUUAGAAAUCAAUUUGAGGUCUUUUGGUCACAUGACAGUGAAGCUAUUGAAGGAAAACAGCCUUUUCUGAGAACAUCAACCGGUAAUUUAUUGACGGUCCCUUAUUCAACACCGACGUUGACAGUGAGGGUGUCGAGUAGAUUUAACCGCGCUGCUGUUGUUAUUCCCGGUUAUGGAGAGUGAGAAGACACCGAUAGAUCCUCAGAGAAUGUCCGUCAGAUAUCCAACCUGAAACUAACUUCACCGCCGUAUUUACAGGAAAAUAUAUCCAACCUGAAACUAACUUCACCGCCGUAUUUACAGGAAAAUAUAUCCAACCUGAAACUAACUUCACCGCCGUAUUUACAGGAAAAAUAUAUCCAACCUGAAACUAACUUCACCGCCGUAUUUACAGGAAAAAUAUAUCCAACCUAAAACUAACUUCACCGCCGUAUUUACAGGAAAAUAUAUCCAACCUGAAACUAACUUCACCACUGUAUUUACAGGAAAAUAUAUCCAACCUAAAACUAACUUCACCGCCGUAUUUACAGGAAAAUAUAUCCAACCUAAAACUAACUUCACCGCUGUAUUUACAGGAAAAUAUAUCCAACCGAAAACUAACUUCACCGCCGUAUUUACAGGAAAAUAUAUCCAACCUAAAACUAACUUCACCGCCGUAUUUACAGGAAAAUAUAUCCAACCUAAAACUAACUUCACCGCCGUAUUUACAGGAAAAUAUAUCCAACCUGAAACUAACUUCACCGCUGUAUUUACAGGAAAAUAUAUCCAACCUGAAACUAACUUCACCGCCGUAUUUACAGGAAAAAAAACGUCUGUUGCCUCUGCUGAUUUUUUAGGCUCACAUGUGACCUUAAAUACAUUUUUAGAUUCACACUCAUCUAUUUUUAAUCGUGAAUGAAACGGUCACACUGUCGAACCCUGACACACACAUAAACACAGAUAUGACUGUUGCUGUUUUUUUCUGUUUAAAGAGAAAAUCAUUGAUAAUUGAUAAUGAAAUCCCAAUGUCAAAAAUGAUUACUAACACCUCCUCCUCCUCUCUCGCUCCUCCUCCUCCUCUCCCUCCCCCCUUGGAUCUGACUCUCCACGGUCCCCCUCAGAUCUUGACUCCUGGCCCUUCUCUCUCAGCGCCGCUCCAAACAAAGACUCUAUACGUUACAUUUCUGAGUUUAGGUUUCGCUGAGUUUCCACAUCUGCCUUUCAAACAGAGAAAUCUGAACAGUUAAUCACACAGGAGGGAUAAAUACCCCAGCAUGCCUCACUGUUUCCUAUUGUAAAGAACCAGGGGCCUCGUCCAGGGGCCCCCGGGGGGGCCGGGUGUCCUUGUGUGUUUGACAGGGUGGUUACAGCACACAGCUGAGGUCUGGUUUGGGGGGUUUAGCUCUGUGUAUUUCUCUUUCUCCAAACAUGAAGGCUGAAGUGACAGAUGUUAGUGUUUCCCAGAACAGUUCAGGGACUCCACUCUCAGAUCAGACUAAUCCAACAUGUGUCACAUGAGGCCACAUCUUUAUUUCUGCCUUAUAGAAACGUAAAAAGAGAGGCCUGUUUUUAUAACAAUCGUUCACAUCUGCCUGCUUUUGCUCUCCAUACAGACGCCCCGCCUCUCCUGAUGGACUCUGAUCCUCUCACUCUUGAACUAAACUGAGAGUCUCGCUCAGGUCGUUACAGUCUCAGUUUAAUCGGACUAAACGUAUAAUUCGUGUUUUUCUCUGAAUCAGACUUCUCUCCUUCAAUCGAAUUAUUGACGUGAACGUGUCCUCCUCCCCAACACUAGGGGGCGAUAUGGGUCUUUACAACCGUCAACAACAACAGCAGGUCGGUGUCAGACGUCAGAAGUGUCUACAACUGCUGCUGGACAUUUUGGAGAAACAAGAAGAUGGAGCAUCGUACAGCGUUGUUUUUGUCCGACAUGAUGGACGCGCUACUUUUUCUAAAGAGGAGACCAACGCUACUCCUCUACUCUGGGGUUUUAGUACGGGGUUAUGGGGGCGUGGCCUGUAUCCGAUCAUACUCCGACUACGCUGGUCACAUGGUAGAGAAAAUCAUUAUCUGGGCGUCUUAAUCAGAGUUCUUAAACUCUGAUUAUAGUCGGACUAAAGUGUUAACAUGACCUUCAGUUGUCCGGUCUUAAUCGGAAUAAGGCGAUAAUUCGGUUUUCUCGAGUGUCGUGGAAACAGACUGAGUGUAAGAGCAGCUCUGCAUGUAGACAGAGAUUACAGAUAAGUGACUCCAGACGUCAUCAGACCGCAGACUUGUGUGACGCUCUUCAGAAAUGUUGUUGUGAAAGAUUUUCCGUCUCCAGGUGAGAAAAAGAAAACCCAGAACUUGGAGGACGAUGGUUCAGUGUCCCCCUCCUCACGUGAAGGGAAUCAGAGCGGAGACUCUCUCUGCUCACACAUGUGCUCACAAGAUGUGGAUCUGACAGUCCAGGUCCCCGUAAUCCUGUCCUCAUCCUGGGUCACGGCUAAUGUGACGCCCCGGGCCGAUUGGCUUCCUGGUGGGUCUGAGAGCAGCUGUGAGUUUGUUGGUGUUUUUAUGUGUUUUUUUUUUCUCCUUAAACUUGUUUGUGAAGUUUGAACCGUCAGACUGUUGGGAUGUUUGAGGACACUCGCUCAGAGCUCCUAUAAAACCGGAGAGACCAGGACCUGAGAAGAGGACUGGGUCCAGCUGUGCAGGUCAUCCCCACAGCAGACUGAGACCCUGAACCCCUCAGUCCUGUUUUCUCCUCUUCCUCAGUCCUGUUUUCUCCUCUUCCUCAGUCCUGUUUUCUCCUCUUCCUCAGUCCUGUUUUCUCCUCUUCCUCAGUCCUGUUUUCUCCUCUUCCUCAGUCCUGUUUUCUCCUCUUCCUCGGUCCUGUUUUCUCCUCUUCCUCAGUCCUGUUUUCUCCUCUUCCUCAGUCCUGUUUUCUCCUCUUCCUCAGUCCUGUUUUCUCCUCUUCCUCAGUCCUGUUUUCUCCUCUUCCUCAGUCCUGUUGUCUCCUCUUCCUCAGUCCUGUUUUCUCCUCUUCCUCAGUCCUGUUUUCUCCUCUUCCUCGGUCCUGUUGUCUCCUCUUCCUCGGUCCUGUUUUCUCCUCUUCCUCAGUCCUGUUUUCUCCUCUUCCUCAGUCCUGUUGUCUCCUCUUCCUCGGUCCUGUUGUCUCCUCUUCCUCGGUCCUGUUUUCUCCUCUUCCUCAGUCCUGUUUUCUCCUCUUCCUCAGUCCUGUUGUCUCCUCUUCCUCAGUCCUGUUUUCUCCUCUUCCUCAGUCCUGUUUUCUCCUCUUCCUCAGUCCUGUUGUCUCCUCUUCCUCGGUCCUGUUUUCUCCUCUUCCUCUGUCCUGUUUUCUCCUCUUCCUCGGUCCUGUUUUCUCCUCUUCCUCAGUCCUGUUGUCUCCUCUUCCUCAGUCCUGUUGUCUCCUCUUCCUCGGUCCUGUUUUCUCCUCUUCCUCAGUCCUGUUGUCUCCUCUUCCUCGGUCCUGUUUUCUCCUCUUCCUCAGUCCUGUUGUCUCCUCUUCCUCAGUCCUGUUGUCUCCUCUUCCUCAGUCCUGUUUUCUCCUCUUCCUCAGUCCUGUUUUCUCCUCUUCCUCAGUCCUGUUUUCUCCUCUUCCUCAGUCCUGUUUUCUCCUCUUCCUCAGUCCUGUUUUCUCCUCUUCCUCAGUCCCGUUUUCUCCUCUUCCUCGGUCCUGUUGUCUCCUCUUCCUCAGUCCUGUUGUCUCCUCUUCCUCGGUCCUGUUGUCUCCUCUUCCUCGGUCCUGUUUUCUCCUCUUCCUCAGUCCUGUUUUCUCCUCUUCCUCAGUCCUGUUUUCUCCUCUUCCUCAGUCCUGUUUUCUCCUCUUCCUCAGUCCUGUUGUCUCCUCUUUCUCGGUCCUGUUUUCUCCUCUUCCUCGGUCCAGUUUUCUCCUCUUCCUCAGUCCUGUUGUCUCCUCUUCCUCAGUCCUGUUGUCUCCUCUUCCUCGGUCCUGUUUUCUCCUCUUCCUCGGUCCUGUUUUCUCCUCUUCCUCGGUCCUGUUGUCUCCUCUUCCUCGGUCCUGUUUUCUCCUCUUCCUCGGUCCUGUUUUCUCCUCUUCCUCGGUCCUGUUGUCUCCUCUUCCUCGGUCCUGUUUUCUCCUCUUCCUCAGUCCUGUUUUCUCCUCUUCCUCAGUCCUGUUUUCUCCUCUUCCUCAGUCCUGUUUUCUCCUCUUCCUCAGUCCUGUUGUCUCCUCUUCCUCGGUCCUGUUUUCUCCUCUUCCUCAGUCCUGUUUUCUCCUCUUCCUCGGUCCUGUUGUCUCCUCUUCCUGUUUUCUCCUCUUCCUCGGUCCUGUUUUCUCCUCUUCCUCAGUCCUGUUGUCUCCUCUUCCUCAGUCCUGUUUUCUCCUCUUCCUCGGUCCUGUUGUCUCCUCUUCCUCGGUCCUGUUGUCUCCUCUUCCUCGGUCCUGUUUUCUCCUCUUCCUCGGUCCUGUUGUCUCCUCUUCCUCGGUCCUGUUGUCUCCUCUUCCUGUUUUCUCCUCUUCCUCGGUCCUGUUUUCUCCUCUUCCUCAGUCCUGUUGUCUCCUCUUCCUCAGUCCUGUUUUCUCCUCUUCCUCGGUCCUGUUGUCUCCUCUUCCUCAGUCCUGUUGUCUCCUCUUCCUCAGUCCUGUUGUCUCCUCUUCCUCGGUCCUGUUGUCUCCUCUUCCUCGGUGGUGUUGUCUCCUCUUCCUCGGUGGUGUUGUCUCCUCUUCCUCGGUCCUGUUGUCUCCUCUUCCUCGGUCCUGUUGUCUCCUCUUCCUCAGUCCUGUUUUCUCCUCUUCCUCGGUCCUGUUGUCUCCUCUUCCUCAGUCCUGUUUUCUCCUCUUCCUCGGUCCUGUUGUCUCCUCUUCCUCAGUCCUGUUGUCUCCUCUUCCUCAGUCCUGUUGUCUCCUCUUCCUCGGUCCUGUUGUCUCCUCUUCCUCAGUCCUGUUGUCUCCUCUUCCUCAGUCCUGUUGUCUCCUCUUCCUCGGUGGUGUCGUGACAGCUCUCUGUGGCUGACGUCCUGAUUGUUUACAGCUUGUGAAGAUUGAUGUCUCGAACCCUGCUGGGACGCAGCGUUGGGCGGAUACAGAGUGUGGAAACCCGCUUUAUUUUGGCGCUCCAGCUAAGUCGGUUUGUGUCUUCACUUUCAGACAUCGGGAUUUUAUAAACAUCCUCAAACAAAAGAGACGAAAAGACUGAAACUUCAUUUUCAACUUCGUGUGUUUAAUUUAGUUUUUUGUUUUACGCACAUAAUAGAAGCACCAGCCUCUCCUUAGACAGCCAAUCAGAUCAUUAUCAUAGAGGCUCCGCCCACUUUAAUCACUGCAUAGAUAAUGAGGUUCAGAACUGAGAGGCUGCAGAGGAUCAUUUAGUAAACAGAUAAAAAUAUCUCCUUUGGGCCUCAUGACAAAAUUCCCCUAAAACGAUCAAACGGAGGACUUGAGUCUCUGCUAAUCAGCUGUUUAAGCUCGGGUUCACACACACACACACACACACAUACACACACACUCACACACACACACUGGACAAUAUCAAAGUUAUCUGUGCCAUCAGCAUCCCGUGUCUGGAGUCCACAGAGAGUCCAGUCCUCAGAAUUAAAGACUCUGUUCGGUCCCCUCGGAGUACAGACCAGACCCUCAUCAGACCCUGUGAGGGACUGAAGUGGACCCAGUCCAGAGACGAGACUCUAGAUUAAAAAAGAAUCGUCUUAUAGAUCUUUCCAGCCUCUGCGUGUUCGUCUUCACAUGAGAAGGAUUAUUUAGAGACCUCCGACAUUUGAAGCUCCGUCAAAUAUUUACACAAACGGACUGAUGAAAAACACGACGUCUGUUUACCCACAGCCUUUAAAGAUCCGUAUUAAGUUUUUAUUUCAGUCACGUAUUUCUAAAACCUGGAUCCAAUCUGACUGUUUUUGGGGGGGGGGUUCAGUCAGUGCUGGAAUUCCCCCGUUAGAUCGUUUCAGCCGCAGCAGCAGCGAGUCCUCGACGCGAACACAGUCAGUCUGUAAUUCCUCUGUGGCGUUCAACGACUCCCAUCUGAGCGGCGCCAUCAUGUCCCACCCUCCUCUGAAACCGUUUCUUUAGAAAAUCAGUCACAGAAGUGUUUUUAAAUGAUCCUAAAUUAGCAGAAAUAACGUUUGAAUGCAGAUUUCUGUGGAGUCUCAGCUUCACUGUAAAAAGAGGCUCUAAAGUUGGCUGAAAUAACAGACGGUUCAGUCUCAGCUUCACUGUAAACAGGAAGUUACAAACAGGAUUUACUUCAGGGUUAGAAUCAAACUGACGUCACCUCAGAGGUCUUAACUUCACUGAAGAUCAUACAGAGUCUCAGUUUCACUGUAAACAUUCACACAGAAGUGUCGGUCAGUCUCUGUUCUUCAUUAUAAACUCAUCAUCAGAAAUCAUCUCCUCACAUCCUUCCACCGUCAUCGGGGAUUAAAAAGAUGCGUUUCUAAUUUUAGGGCGUCCUUCAGCUGACGGGUCUGCGUCAUGUUUUUCACAGCUGGCGCUGAUUGUGAACUUAAAUAGACAGUAAUAUUGUCCUCAUUCAGGCUGCAGGGAGGAAUGUGGGAAACGACAAACCAGAGCUGGAAAUGAGACUGAGGACAGGAAGAGAGAGAGAGAGAGAGAGAGAGAGAGAGAGAGAGAGAGAGAGAGAGAGAGAGAGAGAGAGAGAGAGAGAGAGAGAGAGAGAGAGAGAGAGAGAGAGAGAGAGAGAGAGAGAGAGAGAGAGAGAGAGAGAGAGAGAGAGAGAGAGAGAGAGAGAGAGAGAGAGAGAGAGAGAGAGAGAGAGAGAGAGAGAGAGAGAGAGAGAGAGAGAGAGAGGGAGAGAGGAGAGAGAGAGAGAGAGAGAGAGAGAGAGAGAGAGAGAGAGAGAGAGAGAGAGAGAGAGAGAGAGAGAGAGAGAGAGAGAGAGAGAGAGAGAGAGAGAGAGAGAGGAGAGAGAGAGAGAGAGAGAGAGAGAGAGAGAGAGAGAGAGAGAGAGAGAGAGAGAGGGAGAGAGGGAGAGAGAGAGAGAGAGAGAGAGAGAGAGAGGGAGAGAGAGGGAGAGAGAGAGAGAGGGAGAGGGAGAGGGAGAGAGGGAGAGUUUAUUCAGCUUUUUAUCUCCUCACAGUCGGGAGGUUUUACCAAAUAAACACGACUAGAACAAGAAAGUCGUCUGACAAAGACUCCAUAAUCUGUGUUUUCUUACAGAUUAAAUGAAUAUUUUUAAUCUGUGUUAUCAGUCAGCCUCUCUAUCUGUCGAAGCUGAAUUUAAAACAAACUCCUUUACUAAGUCUCGGUCUUACCCCCGAUUUCCACCGCAUCCCAAACAGCCACGAAAAGGUCGUAUCGUCCGAUCGUAGCCGGAUAAAUUCAGCACAGAUUAACCCGUGCUGGAAAGGAAGUCGGGCACAGACUUCAAAAUAAAACAUCCGGCUUCUUUUCAAAAUAAAACACUCCGUGUUUCAGGAGGAUCGUAUUUCACACCAUGCAAACGGGCGGAGACGAACAAGUGAAAGGUUUUUAGACGUCAUUUCACCCCGAUGACACCAUGGAUGAGGAGAUGCUGAUUCUAGAAGUCUAGAAGUAGAUUUCCUCCUCUGGAAGGACACAAUCUACUGCUUAUAUGUCUAUGUGUCUGUCUUUAGAGAGACGACUCGUUAUCGAGCGAUUGAUCGUGAAUCUGCGGGUUCUUGUGAGUUCUUGAGAUUGUCUGUAAUCCACCAUGAACUUCGCCUCACAGACGAUCCGGCAGGAAUCGGUGUGCGAUGAAAAUCACAGCUGUUCAGGGUUGCGGUGGAAAUCCCGGCUGAGAGUCUGAAGUAGCGUCUCAUUACUUCCAUGAAGCCUGAUACCGACCUUGAGCUGACCUCCAGAGGCCCUUCAGACCCUGACCCCCUCUCCGGUCCGUCCUGUAGGCCUGAUUUCAGUCGGGCCCUAAACAGUGAGGCCCCUCACUCCUGAACAUCAGAGCGUCCGUCCUCACAGCUGAAGCGGAAAACGCUCCUUAGACCCCGGCUACAUAAACAGAGGUGGAGGUCGGUGUAAACAGAGCUGUGGUUGGAGUAAACCGUGCAGAGAGCGCCUCUCCAUCAGCCUGUCACCGGAGCGCCGCACUCUGAUUACCUUCACAUGCUUCACAUUACGCUGAGCGCCAUUUCCUCCACUCAGGGCCCCGCCGUUUGGACGCUGAUUAAACACGGGGGGGCGGGGGCGGGGGGAGUACACACAUGUUGAUAUACACACAGAUGGAGGCGUGUGUGUGUGUGUGUGUGUGUGUGUGUGUGAGGGGGGGGGGUAAUGACCCUGAGCUGGAGGAUGGGGGUCCUGAACCUGCUGAAGUCUGAAACACCAUCCUGCAUGUCAGCAGAGAGGAGGAGGAGGAGGAGAGAAGGAGGAGAGAGAGAGGAGAGGAGUAGGAGAGAGGAGGAGAGGAGAGAGAGGAGAGGAGGAGAGGAAGGAGGAGGGGAGGAGGGGAGAGGAGGAGGAGAGAGAGGAGAGAGGAGGAGGAGAGGAAGGAGGAGAGGAAGGAGGAGGAGAGGAGGAGGAGAGAGAGAGGAGGAGGAGAGGAAGGAGGAGGAGAGAGAGAGAGAGGAGGAGAGAGAGGAGAGAGGAGAGAGGAGGAGGAGAGGAAGGAGGAGAGAGAGGAGGAGAGAGGAGGAGGAGAGGAAGGAGGAGGAGAGAGAGGAGAGGAGGAGGAGAGAGAGAGGAGAGAGGAGGAGAGGAAGGAGGAGGGGAGGAGGGGAGAGGAGGAGGAGAGAGAGAGGAGGAGGAGAGGAAGGAGGAGGAGGAAGGAGGAGGAGGAGAGAGAGGAGAGGAGGAGGAGAGGAGAGAGAGAGGAGAGGAGGAGGAGAGAGGAGGAGAGAGAGAGAGAGGAGAGGAGGAGAGGAAGGAGGAGGGGAGGAGGGGAGAGGAGGAGGAGAGAGAGAGGAGAAGAGAGAGGAGAGAGGAGGAGGAGAGGAAGGAGGAAAGGAAGGAGGAGGAGAGAGAGAGAGAGGAGAGAGAGGGGGAGGAGAGGAGGGGGAGGAGAAGAGAGGAGAGAGAGGAGGAGAGGAGACAGAGGAGAGGAGGAGGAGAGGAAGGAGGAGAGGAGGAGGAGAGGAAGGAGGAGAGGAGGAGGAGAGAGAGGAGGAGAGGAGGAGGAGGAGGAGGAGGAGGAGAGGAGAGAGAGGAGAAGGAGGAGGAGAGGAAGGAGGAGAAGGAGGAGAAAACUCAGUUUCUUCGUCAGGAAGAUUUUUUUUAACUUUGUUGGAUUUGAUUAAAUUUUUUCAUGAAUUUAGAGAAACAGGAUCUGUUGGGGGGGGGGGGGGGGACUAAAACCUGCAGCAGGGAGAGAGAGGGUCAGGACCGCAUCAGUCCAGGACCGCAUCAGUCCAGGACCGCAUCAGUCCAGGACUCUGUUGUAGUCCCUGUUGUCAGAAUCUGGUUCAGGAUCAUCUGAAGGUCUCCUCUGAAAAGGUCCAGGUCUGGAUGGACGCAGAUGUUCCUCCUAAACCUGGAGAUGUUGUUUAAAACUGAGGAUGCAGCAUCUAUGAUUUCCAGUUCUUCGUUGGAAGGACAUCUGGACUAAGUUGGGUCCAGUUUUCCAAAAGAAGAGUCGGAUUCUGAUCCAUCAGGACAGUUUCCUCUGAUGAUCUCCUGACCUUCAGGGUUCUUCUGUCCUGUGGUCAUGAACGUCUCCUGGUACCUGCCUGUGUUUGUCUCAGUGUAGAUGUUAACCUAGAUGCUGCUCUUCAGAGAGUCACAGGAGGAUCAGACCAGGCCGACCGUCUGAGUCUGUGAACGUCACCGAGAGCGUUCAGGAUAUUUAAGGUCGUGUUUGAUGUGGUCGACGCCGUCUGUGCCCUCAGAUGACAGGAAACAGAAAUUGACUCAGUAAGAGGAGCCAGAUGUCCCAGAUCCAGGACUUCAGGUCCUCUGGGUCUUUAGAGACAGGAGUGGAGCUGCAGGACCAGGACCAGGAUGAGUCCGUUUGUCAUCAUCUUUGAAAUCACAGAGGUCAAAGUUCAUGAAUGUUUAUCCUCUGAUGGUCGCCGCCCUCUUACAGGCGAGUAAAUCUGCAGCUUCCUGAGCGCCGACCCUCCACACUGACCUUUACGUACAUGCCGAUACGAAGACUCACCGUCCUCCUCUCAGACUGUUUGGAAAGUCUGUCAGAGACGAACGAUCAGCUGAGAGCGGACGAGCAAACAUCUGUGUGAGCAGCUGCUGUGGAAACAAAAACACGAACCUUUGAUUUAAAGAAAGACGCCGAAGCUUCAGGUCAGGUCUGAUUAAAGUACAAAAACAGAGACGCUCUGAUUCCUGAUAAUCUGACUCCAACGUUACUUUAGAUGAUCAGAUCAAUAAAAAUAUUGACUCAUAUAAUCACAGAAAUUAAGACCAGCAGGUCUGAGGCGGGUUCAGCAGCAGCAGCAGCGUCAUGUGACCUCUGAGCGCUCUCUGGAUGAUUUACUCAGCGUUAUAAUCUCAGCGCUGUCUGUCGCUCUGUUGGGAUUAUUUAAUUCUUUAAUUGUUGGUGUGACGCCCUCAGAGCUCAAGAUCCUCCCCACAAACCAACCGAAGCUGCAGAUCCGUCAGAUGAUGGCGCUAAAUCAUGACUGAUGGAUCCUCAUCAAAACCAGCAGUUAUAUCAGACCUCAUAACAUAGCUGUGUCUCUCCCUCUCCUCUCUCUCUCUCUCUCUCCUCUCUCUGUCUCUCUCUCUCUCCUCUCUCUGUCUCUCUCUCUCUCUCUCUCUCUCUCUGUCUCUCUCUCUCUGUCUCUCUCUCUCUGUCUCUCUCUCUCUCCUCUCUCUGUCUCUCUCUCUGUCUCUCUCUCUCUCUCUCUCUGUCUCUCUCUCUCUCUCUCUCUGUCUCUCUCUCUCUCCUCUCUCUGUCUCUCUCUCUGUCUCUCUCUCUCUCUCUCUCUCCCUCUCUCCCUCUCUGUCUCUCUCUCUCUCUCUCUCUCUCUCUCUCUCUCUCUCUCUCUCUCUCUCUCGUCUUUACCUCCGCCUCACCUCGCUCCACGCUGCCCGUCAGUCAUAUAACAGUGACAGUCUGCCUCACAACCAAUCAGGUUAGAGGAGGUGGAGAACGGCUUUGUUUACAGUCAGAAAGAGCGGACCGCUCAAAAAUGUUCAAAUGUUGACGACACAGACAUAAGAGAACACAGAGAUAUCGAUAUAUUACCAAAUAAUCAAUAACUAAUAAUUAUUGACUGAUAUUAGAAGAUUUUUUGUUUAUAAAACACAAAAUAAAAAGAUGUUUCUUUAACAGAUUCCUGCCUCCUCACCUUUAAUGAACAAAUUCUGGAUCUAAAACAAAAAUAAAGAAAACAAAGUUCUGGAAUUCAGGUUUUGUAGAUCUUGAAAUAAAGAAGACGUUGAGAAAUAAAAAAUAAGAAGUUAAAUGAACAAACGUGUGUGAAGAGAAAUACAAAUGAAGACGAGUCAGUGAAAACUGAAAAAGUCCAUCAGAGAGAGAAGAAUUAAAACGAUCUGAUUAUAAAACAUCACAGACAGACCGAGGAGAGGAGAGAGCUGAAUCAAAACCAGGAGAGGUUCUGAAUGUGGUCCAGAAAAGGUCCAAAACCUGAAACAAGACGUGAGGUCCUUCAGCCAAUGACUGUGAGUGGGCGGGGCAACAUCCCUCCAUCUAAGGAGAACCGCACGUCUGGCCAGGAGCGAGGCAAACGCUGGCGUUCAGCACUGACCUUUGUUUAUAUGUAUAUAGUGUGUGUAUAGGGUGUAUAUAGUGUGUAUAUAGUGUGUAUAGUGUGUAUAUAGUGUGUAUAUAGUGUGUAUAGUGUGUAUAUAGUGUGUAUAUAGUGUAUAUAGUGUGUGUAACUUCCUGUGGUUUUUGCAGGACUCGUCUCCUCUGCUGAUUUUAGCUCUGUGUUCUCAGACUCUGUAGAAUCAGGUGUUUCAGGCUCCAGUCAGUGUGGGUAUAUAGUGUAUAUAGUGUGUGUAUAGUGUGUAUAGUGUGUAUAUAGUGUGUAUAUAGUGUAUAUAUAGUCUGUAUAGUGUAUAUAGUGUGUAUAGUGUUUAUAUAGUGUGUAUAUAGUGUGUAUAUAUAGUCUGUAUAUAGUGUAUAUAGUGUGUAUAGUGUUUAUAUAGUGUGUAUAUAGUGUGUAUAUAUAGUCUGUAUAUAGUGUAUAUAGUGUGUAUAGUGUUUAUAUAGUGUGUAUAUAGUGUGUAUAUAUAGUCUGUAUAUAGUGUAUAUAGUGUGUAUAGUGUUUAUAUAGUGUGUAUAUAGUGUGUAUAUAUAGUCUGUAUAUAGUGUAUAUAGUGUGUGUAUAGUGUUUAUAUAGUGUGUAUAUAGUGUGUAUAUAUAGUCUGUAUAUAGUGUAUAUAGUGUGUAUAUAGUGUGUAUAUAGUGUGUAUAUAGUGUGUAUAUAUAGUGUAUAUAGUGUAUAUAGUCUGUAUAGUGUUUAUAUAGUGUGUGUAUAGUGUUUAUAUAGUGUGUAUAUACAGUAGUGUGUGUAUAGUGUGUAUAUUGUGUGUAUAUAGUGUGUAUAGUGUAUAUAGUGUAUAUAUAGUGUGUAUAUAGUGUGUAUAUAGUGUGUAUAUAGUGUGUAAAUAGUGUGUAUAUAGUGUGUGUAACUUCCUGUGGUUUUUGCAGGACUCGUCUCCUCUGCUGAUUUCUCAGACUCUGUAGAAUCAGGUGUUUCAGGCUCCAGUCAGUGUGUGUAUAUAUAGUGUGUAUAUAGUGUGUAUAUAGUGUGUAUAGUGUUUAUAUAGUCUGUAUAUAGUGUGUAUAGUGUUAAUAUAGUGUGUAUAUACAGUAGUCUGUAUAGUGUGUUUCAGGCUCCAGUCAGUCUGAACAUUAAAGUUCAUAUUUUAGAUUUCUGUGGAUUCAGCUGUUAGAUUUCCUUCUACAAACAAACCAGAACAUGUUCCAAACAUCAGAAACGCGGCGCUCAUUACUCUAAAUUACUCGCUGCAGCGCCCGUGUUGCUGUGUUAGCCGGCACGCCGGUGUGAAGCUAAUUUUUUGGCGCUCUCGUUAACGCUCAGAGUAAAUUCCUCCUUUGAAGCGGCGUUUUCUGGAACCUCAGGCCUGUUGGCUGUGACGUCCUCUGAGGUGUUUUUGUUCUCUGAGCAGAUGUUCUUACAGAGGUUCCCUCUGGUGUUUCUGUGUCUGUAAAUGUGUGCGCUCCUUAUAACCACCGCCCCCCCACCGCCGCACCGCCGAUCCUGGACCCGUGCAGAUGGGAAACAGAUUUCUGUGUUUACGGCCGUCUUUGUCUUUCUGUUGUAGUCGAGAAGGAGAAACCCGAGAGCUGUUCCAGCAUGGAGGGGAGGCGGCGUCUUCUCCUCAGCCUCAUCAUGGCAGCGUGUUUCUAUGGCAACGCCGCCCAGAAGACAGGUGGGUACGAUUAUGUCGCUGUGAUUUAACUUCCUGGGAACCAGUAAAUCAAAGGUCACGGAGAACGUGCCCCUGACCCCACAUUACAUCAGGCUGUACCAUCUGUGGGAGCAAUCAGGGAACACACACACACACACACACACACACACACACACACACACACAGACUGUACAUACCAACACACGUAAUGAUACACACAUGUAUGAGCGCUCUCUCUCCGGGGGCGGGGCCUGUUGGGUAAGUAUUUAUGUGUUUUCAUGAUAAACUCUGGAGCACCGUUACUAACCCACUCAGGAAUGAAAGUGUUUGCUGCAGGCCGAGCACGACGUUCACGAUAUUAAUCCAAUCACAGACUCAUGCACUCAAACGCUUUGAUCAAUGAUUUCCUGCUUGACUAAACUGAUCGGUCUCUGAACUCCACCCCCGCCGUGAAACUUUAUAUUCCAGAGUUUUUGGGAAACAUCUGAACUUUUUUUUCAGCUUUUUUUUUUUAAAACUUUCCUUUUUUUUGGCAGAACCUGUUUACAUGAUAAACUGACGUUAGAGACGGUUUUAGGAGCGUGCAUCUCCAUCUGUAUGUGCUGCCAGAGGGUGAACUGUCAGUUACAUAAGAGAUAUCCCCCACCAACAGAGAGAGCCUGACUGUAACUGCUGAUCUGCACUGAGAGGGUUUAAUAAAACAGCUUCAUGUCUGCCGUCAAUCAUGUAUUAAGAUUCACCUUUUUGUCAGGAUGGCCUGAUGAAUUAAAAUAUCGAACCCCCAAAGAUGUCAGGCCAAGUCCUCACGAGUAUAAAAACACAAUUCGCUGGUCCGUGGAGGUCAGCUGAUCACAAACUAAGCUUCUGAUUGGGCAGCCGUCCGAAACAAAGAUGGCAGAAAUGACAUUUUUUCACCAGAAUGAACACAUGAACGGUCACAGAUCUGCAUCAUUUCUGAGGACAGUCUCUGUAAAGACUCUGAUCCUGGAUUUGGCAGGAAACUCUGAGUUUUGGUUUUAAUUUUAAUUUUAAUUUUAUUUUUAUAUAUUUUAAAUAAACUCUGAAUCCACCUGAAGGUAAGUGCUUUCGGAGUCGAUCUCCACAAUCACCACCAGCUGCUUGUUAUUGUCACCUGGAGUGAACACAGUUCAUGUGGUCACCACUUCAUUCAGCCAGUCACGCUUUCACCUCCUGCUGCACGCCUCCUCACACCCACAGACGGCUCUGAUAGAGGGAGCGUCCUUUGAGACACCCUGUUGCUUCAAAUCUGCAAGAUCUCCCCCCAUAACUCGACGGCCUCUCCCUCAGUCUGCACCCAAGAGGCCGUGGCCGACAUCGUCUUCAUGGUGGACGGUUCCUGGAGUAUCGGCAACAUGAACUUUGAGCAGAUCCGUCAGUUUCUGUACGCGCUGGUCAGCAGCUUUGACGUCGGGCCCGAACACGUCCGCAUAGGGCUGGUCCAGUACGGCAACACUCCACGUACCGAGUUCCUGCUCAACACGCAUCAGAACAAGAAGGCCAUCCUCCAGUACAUCAGCAAGUUGCCUUACAUGGGGGGUGGUACCCAUACAGGAGAAGCUCUGGACUUCAUGCUGAAGGAGCACUUUGUUCAGGCCGCAGGAAGCCGAGCACAUCAGAAUGUGCCGCAGAUCGCUGUGGUGAUCACCGAUGGAAAGUCCCAAGACAACGUGGAGGUCCACGCCCAGAAUCUGAAGAAGCAGGGGAUCGUUCUCUACGCCAUAGGAAUCAAAGACGCAGACGAAGACCAGCUGAAGGAGAUCGCCAACGAGCCGCACAGUCAGCACGUCUUCAGCGUGUCUGAUUUCGCAGCUCUGCAGGGAAUCUCUCAGAGUAUCGUCCAGACGCUCUGCACGACUGUAGAGGAAGUCAAACGACAGCUCCUGCAGUUGUCCAAAGGUAACGUGAGUCACAGCGAGGUUGGUGUCAGGAAGGUUAUCUUCACAGAGAACGAAUUAUUAUCCAGGAGUCACUCAGAUUUGGGGGUGUGGCUCUAAUCUAAGAGAUCCCUGCCCUCCAUGUUCACUGAUGGAAGUGAGGCGGGGAGAGCACACCGUGAAAACUGUGGUAGGAAGAGCAGCAGCAUAGACCUCCAGGGGGCAGAAGAGAGCAGGGUUUGAGAGUGGUGUGUCCUAACAGGUUCCUGUCCUUCCUCUGUGUAUGUGUCAUGUUAAACCUAUGAUGGGGAGAGCAGCAGCAAAGACCCCCAGAAUACAGAACGAAGCAGGAAUCAGAUAACCUUAAAUCAGACUUGGCAGAAAAAGGAGGAGCUGGGUGGGGGAGGGGGGGAGUGGUCAUGAAGGGUAAGGCUGGGAGAACAGCAGCAAAGACCCCCAGAACAGAACUGAGCAAAGCCUGCCUGAACUAGCACUAAACUCCAGAAAUAUUCAACAUUAUGUUUGAAAUACCGGAAAGAUCUGGUCUCUCAGACUUCCAGACCACAAAAGUCCUGAUAGAUGAACUCUGACCUGAGCUCCCUGAGUCCAGGUCCCAGAGUGCCUCUUGACCCUGAUUGUUAGAAACAGGUUUGACACGAACAGAUAAAAUACAACGGUCUGCUGUGAUGGUUGGACCUCGGGGGUUUCCCGCGUGUUCAGAGAUGUUUUUGCAGACUGUGGUCUUAUCCUCCUCUUUGUGACGAUGAGGAUACUAAAUGACUCUUCCUCCGCUAGUGUCUGACUUCUGCUUCCUUUUUUCCAGAGUGUGCUCAGGCCACCGUGGCCGACAUCGUCUUCCUGGUCGACGGUUCCUCCAGCAUCGGCAUCAGCAACUUUCAGGAGAUGCGUCAGUUCCUCCGCAGCGUCAUCACGGGCCUCGACAUCGGCCCUGACAAAGUCCGAGUGGGCUUGGCGCAGUACAGUAAUGAUCCAUACAAGGAGUUCCUGCUGAAGGAUCACAUGGACAAGACCUCCCUGCUGGCUGAGGUGGACAGAUUUCCCUACAGGACAGGGGGCACCGAAACCGGCAAGGCCAUGACCUUCAUCCUGGAUGAGUUCUUCACCGAAGAGGCGGGGAGUCGAGCCAGGCAGAGGGUGCCUCAGAUCGCUGUGAUCAUCACAGACGGGGACUCAGAAGAUGACGUGGUAGGGCCCGCUCAACGCCUCCGACAGCACGGAGUCAUCGUGUUCGGCAUCGGGGUGGGACAAGCCAACCUGAAGGAGCUGGAGUCCAUCGCCAACCGGCCUCUGCAGCGCUUCCUGUACUCCAUCGGUAGCUACCAGGCUCUGAGAGGGCUGACCGAGGGUCUGCUGCAAACCGUGUGCAUCUCAGUGGAGGAUCAGAGGCAAGGUGAGGCAAACACCGCGGACAUGUGUCACUGUUGAAACUGAGUCAGACGCUCCUUUAUUCACUCUGAACCGUCUGUUUGAUCUGUGCUGUUAGAGUCCAGCUGAGAACGAUCCAGAAACAUGAGAUCAUGGGGGUCCAGACCUCCCCAGAGUCCUGAGUGAACUGGUUUAACAGUCUGAGUCCAGCUGAUGGAGGGUUAUCCAGCGAAAAUAGACUUCAGUUUAUUAGAUUAUCACUUUCCCCCUCAGAGCUGAUCUGACUCCAUGUUUUAGUCCAGAUACUCUGCAGACAUAAUACCAGGAUCAGACUCAGAAAACAUGAUCCGGCUCUGGGCAGGGAAACUGCACCAUGAAUGACGAAGAAACAGGAACAUGAUCCGUGUUAAAGCGUCACUUUUGCACAGUCAGGUUUUGUUUGGGGUCAAAGGUCUCUAUGUGGACUCAUUUAAACUGACAGGCUCACUUAGAGUCAGCUGAAUGAUUCGCUGAUACAGCAUUUUUAUCCAAAACCACAGCCUGGUUAAUUUGUAAAAGUGUAUUUUUCCUGCUGAAACUUCGUGUGUUCAGUGUCACUGAAAUAAGAUCCGAGAACUUAAAACUCCAACUCUGAUCACAUCUUAAAGUGAACUUUGUCGUCUUUCAGCCUUGGCGGAGAGGUUUGCAGACAUCUUCUUCCUGAUUGACAGCGGCGUGUCCAACACAGACUUCCAGCAGGUGCGAAGCCUCCUCACACGACUGUCCAAUCAGCUGAAUAUCGGCGCCAAUGCCUACCGCCUGGGUUUGGCCCAGUACGGUCAGGAUGUGAAGGUGGAAUUCCUCCUGAACGCUCACCAAACCAGGGAGGAGACCCUGAACGCUGUGAAGCGUUUCCGCCAACGCAGACUGCAAGCCAACGAACGGCGGAACCUCGGCGGCGCUCUCCAGCACGCCAGCGCCAACUUCUUCACCAAGGAGCAGGGGGGCCGAGCCGAUCUGGGCUUCAGACAGUUCCUGGUGGUUUUAAGUGGCAAAGACUCGGAUGAUGAGGUGUACAGAGCGUCCCGACUGAUCAAAUCCUUAGGGGUCUCUGUGGUGGGGAUCAGCCUCGGUGCGUCCCUGACGGAGAUGCGGUACAUAUCAACGCCUCCGUACAUAUAUCAGUCCAUCAGCCAAGCUGGAGUCCCUCAGCUGAAGACCAUUUUUGAGAGGCAGGAGAAGGAGAGCGUCCUCUCUGGAGGUAAGAACAAACUCUGGUGUUGGCCAUCUUUAAAACCAGUAAAACCAGUAUCAGGUUGUCUUUGUAUUCGAUAACAGUAAUUUAACGAUAACAAACGAGAAACUAAACUGCCAAAGUUAAAGAAAUGUAAAAUUAUUACUGUCCACACCGUCCCUGUGUGUGGCUCUGUACUUCAGGGUCUGUGUUCAGACAUCUGGACUUAUUAAGAAAGAGAAAACACAAACCAAGUACUUGGGUGGAAGAAAAGACUCAUGCACAGUUAUUCAUCCAAACUGCAGUCUCACGCUUGUCUUAUCCACUAGUGUUUCACCUUUUCACCAAACGUCAGGAAUUUAAGGUUAUUUUUUUACGAUCUUUCCUCAGACUGUAAAGCAGCCAAGCUGGCAGACAUCGUCUUCAUCGUCGACGAGUCCGGUAGCAUCGGGACCCCAAACUUCCAGCUGGUUCGAGCUUUCCUGCGCUCUGUUGUGAGCGGCCUGGAGGUCAGUCGCUCCAAAGUGCGAGUGGGCAUCGUGACGUACAACGACAGGCCCACGGCACAGGUCUACCUCGACUCCUUCAACGACAAGACCGAACUGCUGAACUUCAUCAAAAUCCUGCCUUACCACGGCGGAGGAACCAACACCGGAGCUGCAGUGAACUUCACCAGAGACCACCUUUUCACCAAGGCCAGAGGCAGCAGGAAGGACAAGGGCGUCCAGCAGGUGGCAGUGGUGAUCACAGACGGUGAAUCCCAGGAUGAUGUCAGCAGGGCGGCGGCUGAUCUGCGUCGAGCAGGCGUCACCGUUUACGCAGUAGGAGUCCAAAACGCCAAUGAGGCGGAGCUGAAGCAGAUAGCGUCUUACCCCACCAACAAACACGUCUUCAUCGUGGACAGCUUCGCCAAACUGAAGUCACUGGAGCUGCUGCUGCAGAAGAGCAUGUGUGUCAACAUCAUCCGGCAAGCGGUGACCGCCAAAACCAAAAAAUCCAACAUCAAAGAAGGUCAGAGACGAAGGAAAAACUAAUACCUCUCAUUAAAGAGAGGGGGCGCCACAGAUUACAUGGUGUGAAAUAACAACAAAACUGAUCUCUGUUUUCCAGGUUGUUUGCAGACGGAUGAGGCCGACAUCUUCUUCCUGAUCGAUCACUCCGGGAGCAUCUACCCCACCGACUUCAGCGACAUGAAGAAGUUCAUCAUCGAGUUCCUGCACACCUUCAGAAUCGGCCCACAACACGUCCGCAUGGGGGUCGCAAAGUACGCCGACGCACCCAACUUGGAGUUUGAUCUGACGGCGUACUCAGACACCAAGUCCGUGGAGAACGCCGUGUUGGCCAUACGGCAGGUGGGAGGCGGGACAGAGACGGGCAGAGCGCUGGAUUUCAUGAGCCCACACUUUGACAGAGCAGAGGUCACGCGGGGUCACAAAGUCCCAGAGUACCUGGUGGUCAUCACUGACGGGGAAUCCUCCGAUGACGUCAAGGCUCCUGCACAGAAGCUGAGGGCGCAAGGGGUCAAAGUCUACGCCAUCGGGGUGAAAAACGCAGACAAAGGAGAGCUGCUAGAGAUCUCUGGUGACCCCAAGAGGACCUUCUUCGUCAAUAAUUUUGACGCUCUGAAUCCGAUCAAGGACGACAUUAUCACAGACAUCUGCUCGCCAGACGGUAAGAGGGAAACAUGGAGGUUUCAAAUGUCCCAGUUUGUGUUGAACCUCGCUCACGUGUCCAUGCUGCUUUCUCCACAGCUUGCAAAGACCAACCAGGUGACCUCAUCUUCCUGAUUGACAGCUCUGGGAGCAUCUACCCUGAAGACUACAUGAAGAUGAAGGACUUCAUGAAAUCUGUGGUGGGAAAGUCCAUCAUCGGGCAGGACCAGGUGCAUGUUGGUGUCAUGCAGUUCAGCAAUCGUCAACAACUGGAGUUCCCUCUGAAAACCCACUUCAGUCAGGACGAGAUGUUGAGAGCCAUCGGCAGUAUGCAGCAGGUGGGUGGAGGCACGCUCACAGGUGCCGCCAUCUCUCAGGUGUCGCAGUACUUUGACAUGGCCCAGGGAGGACGGCCAUACCUGAGGCAGAGGCUGGUGGUCAUCACAGACGGCGAGGCCCAGGACGAGGUGAAAGGCCCCGCCGCGUCUCUGAGAGCGAAGGGAGUGUUGGUGUACGCCAUCGGAGUGGUGGACGCUAACACCACCCAGCUGCUGGAGAUCAGCGGGUCACCGGACAGGAUGUACUCCGAGAGGGACUUUGACGCUCUGAAGGACCUGGAGAGUGAGGUGGCGCUGGAGCUGUGUGAGCCGGAGAGAGGUAAGAGCGGACCGGGUCUGAACCCGAACACAGUGACCUUAUCACCACGACAAAGACAGGACACAAGCAAGAUCAGGUCUACUGAGUCACACCAGACCAGACCGCACCAUCAGACAGUUUUGAUUUAGACGGUCUGUGAUAGAAAACCAGAUUAAGGUCGGAGUGAGUUCAGAUUAUGAUCCUCCUCUAAACACGUUUAUCUUUGUCUUUUUAUUUCUAACCAGACUGUAAGAAGACCGAGAGAGCGGACAUCAUCUUCCUGGUGGACGGCUCCACCAGCAUCACCCUCCCUAAGUUUCGAAGCAUGCAGAAGUUUAUGGAGUCCAUGGUGAACCAAACCACAGUGGGCAAAGACCUGACCCGCUUUGGGGUCAUCCUCUACUCCAAUGACCCCAAAUCUGUCUUCACUCUGAACCAGUACGAGUCCAAACGAGCCGUCCUGAACGCAAUAACAGCCCUGAGAUCUCCAUAUGGCGACACCUACACCGGGCGGGCUCUGGAGUACUCUCUGGAGUUCUUCAGCGCUCAGCAUGGCGGUCGUGCGGAUCUCCAAGUGCCGCAGAUCCUGUUGGUGAUCACAGACGGGGACGCCACUGACGCACACAAUCUGGAGGCGCCAUCUGUGGCUCUGCGGGAUAACGGGAUCAGCGUGUUCAGUAUUGGCGUGGAGGGCGCCGACAGGGCGCAGCUGGCGAUCAUGGCCGGACAAGACAUGUCCAAAGUUUUCUAUGUGGACAACUUUGACGCCCUGGAAGGUCUUUACAAGAACAUCACCGAGGAGAUCUGCAACUCCACCAAGCCAGGUAAGACACUGGAGAGACACGGAGCAGUUUAGCUAACAGGACAGUCGAUGGCAGCGUGGAGCUCGCCCUCAUGGACUGAGCUCAUGUCCGUCCAAAUACUGUAAACAGACCAGGAUUCAAUCCGUCAUCAUACCGACCAGGAGCAAAGGUGAAUAAAAGAUGGCUUCCAAUGUUACUAAUACCAAAACAAGUAAAAGUGAGUUCAUAACGAUCACACACCAACAUCGAUACCACCUUAACGAAGAGGAAGUGAACCACCUUAACGAAGAAGAAGUGAACCACCUCACAUUUCUGUGCUGUUUACUUCAGUACUCUGCUGCUCAGAGCUGCGCUGUGCACUCUCAUCCUGACAGGGCUGACUUUGAUCAACUUAAAUAUUGAUCUGAAUGGAGACGGGAAAGUCUUCCAUGUCUUCAUGUGGACUUCAUGUUAACUCAUUCAGUGCCACCAUUGACCACAACAGAAACUUCCGUAUCUUUCAGCGGGCUGAGGAAGUGUUCAGUAGGGCUGUCCUGAUCUGAUAUUGAUAUCAAAUAUUGGUCCAAUAUCAGCAAAUAAACUAAAAUCAUAUUAUAUCUAAAAUCUCUGAUAUCAGCAAUCCGGUACAAACAGUCCAUUCCAGACUCCGCUCCAGCACCUCUAUCUGGCAGCACCCCGAUCCAGCAUGUAGAGCCCUCAUCAGAGAGUGGACUAAGGUACGAACAGAGGAGAGAGGAGGAGGAGUGAUGUCGGCCGUGUGGCUCUAUUUUUGUUUAAGUCCGAGUGCAAAACCUUUAACAAACAAGUUUGUGCUGAUAUCGGAUCAAUAUUGGUAUCGACCAAUACUGAAGGCUACAAUAUCUGUAUCGCAUUGGAAGUAAAACAGUUGUGUAGGUGUUCAGGUUGAAAAGCUGACACAUACAGCUCACCCACGGGGUGGUUUCAGGACGUUCUCAGGUUAAAGUCUGACUCACAUGGAGAACAUACCAGAGUCUGAGCUUCUGUCUGAACCCUCGCCAGUUUUGAACUUCAAUCAAAAGUGAAAAACUUCCUUCAUCUCUUCCUUUUUUUCUCUUUGGCAGUGUGUGAAAAACAGAAGGCUGACCUUGUCUUCCUCCUGGAUCAGUCCGGCAGCAUCCAAACCAACGACUACGCCAUCAUGAAGAGGUUCACCACCGAGCUGAUCAACAGCUUCAAAGUCAGCGAGGAUUUAGUGCGAGUCGGAUGUGCGCAGUUCAGCGACACCUUCCAGGAUGAGUUUUACCUGAACAGGAUGUACACUGCGGAGGAUGUGAGCAAACACGUCCUGGGCAUGACUCAGCGCGGUGGAGGCACCCUGAUCGGUCGCGCCCUUGACUCCAUCAGGGAGUACUUUGAGGCGUCGCGCGGCAGUCGGAAAUCAGAGGGGAUCUCCCAGAACCUGGUGCUGAUCACAGACGGUGAGUCUCAGGACGACGUGGAGGACGCAGCAGACCGUCUCAGGGCUCUGGGGGUCGAGAUGUUCGCCAUCGGCAUUGGAGACGUGCACGAUCUUGAGCUGCUGCAGAUCACCGGCACCCCGGAGAGGCUGUUCACGGUGCAGAACUUUGGCAGCUUGGAAAACAUCAAGCAGAAGGUCAUCGACACGAUCUGCAAAUCCAAACCUCCUGCAGAUCUUUCCAGUGAGUAAAGAGACAUGUUUGCUUUUCUCCUCAUCUUCAGAGGGUUGGAGGUGACACCUAACUCAGAUCCUUAACACUCAGAUGUUCUUCCUCUACUUCAGGCUGCAGCAUCGACAUCGCCAUGGGGUUUGACAUUUCUGGGUCAAACAGAGCUCCAGGUGAACCGCUCUUCAGCAGCCACACCAAGCUGCAGACCUUCCUGCCGGAGAUCGCCCAGUACGUGUCCGCCGUCCACGGCCUGUGCUGCGUCGGCCCCACCCCCAUCAAGCCCAAUCUGGCCUACCGGAUGGUGAGUCGUGACGGGCGUGUGCUGUACGACACCAGCUUUGAAGCGUACAGCUCAGCCGUGGUGGACAAAGUCAAGAACUUGGCCCUGGAGCCCACGUUCUUCAACAGGGCCAUGCUGCAGUCCUUCAAGCAGAAGAUGAGCUCAGAAUCCAGAGCGGGAGUGAAGGUGAGGCUUCAUCCAGACUAGUUUUUAGAUGGAGAGGACCGUGUACUCUGGUGUUUAACCAUGUCUGUCCUCCUCCAUCAGGUCCUGGUGAUCUUCUCAGACGGACUUGAUGACAAUGUGAUGAGUCUGGAGCAGGAAUCGGACCUGCUGAGGGAAUCUGGUAAAACUGGGAGAUGAAGUUUAACGUAAUAAUUCCUCGUCUGUUGGAAACUGCUCAUCAGAGUCUUCUUCUUCUUCUUCUUCUUCUUCUUCUUCUUCUUCUGCUGCUCCAAUCCUGCAGGGAUCAGCGCUCUCCUGGUGGUGGCUUUGGAGGGCGCCCGUGACCCCGCUCAGCUGCAGAUGUUGGAGUUUGGACGAGGAUUCGGCUACAAGGUUCCUCUGACCAUCGGCAUGGGGAGCGUCGGCAGCACCAUCCUGAAACAGAUCGUGAGUCAGUCGGAGUUUUAAGGUAAUGGGCGGGGCUACCUUUGUCAAUCAAAGGUAGCCCCGCCCUACAUCCUCCACAGCGUCCUGGUUUUGUAAAAAAAUGUACAAGAUUCUGCAGGUAGUUUAGCUCCGCCCUCUGUCCUUUAUGCUGCGUCCAAGUUACUUCGGAAGUCAGAUUUCCGAGGUAACUUGGACACAGACAGACAGACAGUCAGUCAGUCAGUCAGUCAGUCAGUCAGUCAGUCAGUCAGUCAGUCAGACAGACAGACAGUCAGUCAGUCAGUCAGACAGUCAGUCAGUCAGUCAGUCAGUCAGUCAGACAGUCAGUCAGUCAGUCAGUCAGUCAGUCAGUCAGUCAGUCAGUCAGUCAGUCAGUCAGACAGACAGACAGUCAGUCAGUCAGUCAGUCAGUCAGUCAGUCAGUCAGUCAGUCAGACAGUCAGUCAGUCAGUCAGUCAGUCAGUCAGACAGUCAGUCAGUCAGUCAGUCAGACAGACAGACAGUCAGUCAGUCAGUCAGUCAGACAGUCAGUCAGUCAGUCAGUCAGUCAGUCAGACAGUCAGUCAGUCAGUCAGACAGACAGUCAGUCAGUCAGUCAGACAGUCAGUCAGACAGUCAGUCAGUCAGUCAGUCAGUCAGUCAGUCAGUCAGUCAGUCAGACAGACAGUCAGUCAGUCAGUCAGACAGUCAGACAGACAGUCAGUCAGUCAGUCAGUCAGUCAGUCAGUCAGUCAGUCAGACAGACAGACAGUCAGUCAGUCAGUCAGUCAGUCAGUCAGUCAGUCAGUCAGACAGUCAGUCAGUCAGUCAGACAGACAGUCAGUCAGUCAGACAGACAGUCAGUCAGUCAGUCAGACAGUCAGUCAGACAGUCAGUCAGUCAGUCAGUCAGACAGACAGACAGUCAGUCAGUCAGUCAGUCAGUCAGACAGUCAGUCAGUCAGUCAGUCAGUCAGCUGCAGACUGUUUUUUCCUGUUUUUCUCUGCAGCCUGUUUGGUCAUUAAUCUUGAUUUAUUGAUGUUUAUCCUGCUCUCACAUGUUAUUGAUCCACAUCAGCUGUUAUUGAUCCACAUUAGUGGUUCUCACUCAGUCGUUAAGGGAACAGCACAGCUCUGUUAACGAGCAGGAGAGUCGAAUAAAGAGAGUUUAUUAAACUUGAGCAGCUGAAAGGUUUUAGUCUGAUGAGAGUCAGAGGCUCCGGGUCUUCCUGUCCUGUCCUGGCGUGUCACUCCUCAGGAAUGGAGACCAUCAGACGGCCUCGGGGAGGAUCUGAGCAGAAAAUAUUCUAAUGAUGCUGACUGUAGAAGAAAAGCUGUGAGUGAAGAAAACAAAAGAAGAAAUCAUGAGAGACGAGAGUCUGCUUUCAAUUAUGACGAGUUUGUAGGAGAGUCAGCGGGUUUACAGAAGAACUCAUUAAAACCAGGAUCUCACUCAGUCUGUCCUCAAACAGGUCCUCACUGUCAAAAGACCUGAUCAACAGAGAGUGAAAAUUCUCCGUUCAGGUCCUUUGAUUCAGGAUCUCAGUGUAGAUGGUCGUUUUCUCAAAGUUUAAACAUUUAUAAAAAAGAUGAUCACCUGAAAACAUCGACGAAUAUUUGAGGAUUCAGACGUGAUCCUGCUGACCUCGGAUUAAAGGGUUAAAUCUCUGAAGUCUUUCUUUCUCUCCUCCUGCAGGACACGGUGUCUGACAGAGAGUGCUGCAAAGUCAUGUGCAAGUGUUCAGGACACGAAGGCAUCCGAGGGUCCCGGGGCCCCCCAGGGUCGAAGGUGAGAGGAACACACACCUUCAGACUCUAAACAUGGUGUCAGGAGCGUUUGGAGGAAAGUGUCAGAGAGAUGAGAACAAGCAGACACAUGCAGAGACCUCAGAGCCGCUUUAUAGAGAGGAGGUCGAGGUCACGCUCACUCCCCGAGGUCAUCGGGGGGCGGGGUUACUGUCAUUAAAUCAGAAAUCAGUUCCUCUCAAGGGUGAAGAAAAGCUGGAAUCAAACAGGAAGUCCAGUUUUUAUUUGAUGAUUUCAGACACAGAGACUCUGAAACUGGAGGGUCUGAUAACUGAUGGAGACGACGCUGCACAUGAACACCGUCACUCUGACUCCACCCAUCAGUCAGCGUCUCACUCCACCCUCCACACACUCGUGCUAAAGACUGAAUCAAUGAAAAUGCAGAAAAGCAGCAGGACGGCGUCUACAACAGAGUGACACCACAGUGCUCAUGGGAAAUGUAGUCUUCAUCCUAGAAACGCACAGAUCUUCUCUAAAGGCGUCACCAUGGUUACCAUGGUUACCAUGGUUGCAUCGAUAACUAAUCAGGAAUAUAAAUGUGUAUUUUAACAACUUUCCUCCUGUGUUCGUUUUCAGGGUGUCGUCGGACAGAAAGGUUACCCAGGAUUCCCAGGAGAAGAGGGCGUGGCUGUAAGUUCUUCUUCUUUGUUUAUUUGUUUGAUCGGAGUUAAAGUCGCUGAAGUGACGCUGCAGAUGAAGAAGAGGAGUGACCCGACAGACGUGUUGACUGAUGAAUCUUCACUCUCUCUGUUUGUGCUGCAGGGCGAUCGAGGCCAUCCUGGACCCAGUGGACCUCAGGGUAUCCAGGGCUGCCCGGGGCUCAGAGGGACGAAGGUUCGACUCUUAUUAAAGCUCCUGUUGUUUGAAGGGUCGUGCAUAUUUAGGUGUCGGAUAUUAACGAUGUGUCUCUGACUCCUGCAGGGCUACAGAGGGAUCCGAGGAAACAGGGUGAGUCAGUGAAGGGAGGAAGUCAUGUGACCUGAAGGUCCAGAGAGACUCAAACGGAGGAUCAGAGCGCCGCAGUGACACACGGUUCUGUUUUAAAUCCACAGGGUGAAAACGGAGACGACGGGCUGAACGGGAUCAACGGAGAACAGGUACGAAAAACCAGCAGGGACACACCCGAUCAUCUGGACCAGGUUCUGGGGUCCAGAGGAAACCCUGCAGAUCUGUUAUAGAUCUAAACAUCUAAACCCUUAAAGUCCUCGGGGCUUCGAUCAGAAUCCUGCAGGUCUGAGUCUCAGUGUUUAUGAAGGUGUCAUCGGUUCUGGAUCCAUGAGUCAUCUGGACCAGGAUCCUCAGAAACACAGACCUGCUGACUCUAGAUUUAGUAUUUCUAUAAUAGAUUCACUUCAGUGUCUCUUUAAGGAGGAAAACCUUCAUGUUUGGUUCUGUGGGGGUCUCAGAUGGAGGUCUCAGAGUGGUUCUGACCCACUUCCUGUGAUCUCCAUGAGAUGGUUCCUCCUCUGAUGUGGAGAUUCCUCAUAUCUGUGUUUGUGUUUCCUUAAUGAGCGGGCGUGUUCAGGAAGCAGCUGAUUGGAGGGUUUUUUCUGUGUUUUCAGGGCGUGACGGGAGCCGGCGGGAGCCGAGGAGAGCGAGGAGACCCCGGAGACCCCGUAACAAACUCACUUUAUUUUUAAAAUCAGAGUUUCUGACUUUUAUUCCCGUUUUAAUCCGUUUUAAUCUGCUGAUAAUCUCAAACCGAAAAUCAGAGCGCCGGUCCUUCAGAGGAGGUUCUGACCUUGAAUCUGGGGGGAGGUGACCUUUAACCUCCUGCUCGUUGAUUGACAGGCUGAACUGUCACCCUCAGGGUAUCCCAGGUAUCAGAGGAGAGGCGGGGCUUAAAGGACAGCGAGGACUGCGUGGAGAUCCGGUGAGUAAAGUCUGUGACAGGGUUCAGGAUCUCUUUAUUCUCUGCAGAGAUUUUCUUCUCUCUGACAGAUUUAUGACAGAAUAAGGAGGAGAGGAGUGAAGAGGAGCUGUCAGAGUGAAACCUCAGAACCUCAAAGAGGAGCUGAGCAGGAUCAGGGCGCUCUGACUUUAUUCACGUUUCAGCUCCAAACAUGACGAGGAACUUCCUGCUGCUGUUUACUGAACUCAGGAGAUGAAGGAGGAAGUCCUUCACAGCUGAUCGAUGAGGUUCACACUUUUGAGCCGGUCUUAAAGUUAGACCCCGUCCUCAGACUCUCUGGAGACCACAGUCCCUCUAUCUUCAGCUGAUUACAGAUCCGUUAAACACAGCUGGAGAACAGCUGGACGCUCCACAGAAACCCAAACACUGAGUCGAGUUGAUCUUUAACGCCGCUCCGUGUUUGUCUGUCAGGGGGAACCAGGAGCCGAUAACACCGUCCCAGGAGCCAAGGGGGACCCUGGGAACGCUGGUCUACCGGUAAGAACCGCCUCAGACUGAAACAGGAGUUUUGUUUUUACAGUUCAGUGUCUGACGUGUUUCCACCCUCAGGGCCCACCUGGAGAGGACGGACGGCCAGGUGAGAGCGGCGUCGUUGGAAACCGGGUGAGAUUUUUAAAAGUUCAUUUUCUCACGAUUAACUCGAUUAACUCGAUUAACUCGAUUAACUCGAUUAACUCGAUUAACUCGAUUAACACGAGUAAGUCUCUGAAACUCAGAGAAACUUCCAGAUUUGGUCAAAAUUUUAUUAGUUUCUUUGAUAUUUAAAGGAAAAGUCGAUUUGAGCCGAGGUUUGAGACGGGACCGAGAGGAUAAUCCUGAGUCUGAGACUCACCUGAGAGUAAAUGAAACGUCCUGCAGCAGGAGAAUUCUCUCGAUAAGAAGAAACUGUGAAAAUAUUCUCCCUGUUUCCUUUUUUCAGCUCUAAAUAUUUGUUGAAGUAAAAGUUUCUAAACGUCGCGGUGAAAUACUGACGAGAAGUCGGGUACGAGACAGGAAGUAGUUUUAUCUCAGCCGUGCACGCUCAGUGAGCGUGAACACAUUUAUAUAGUUCAUUGUUCACGUAUCUGCUCUCAGUUAGAGCGCCACCUGGUGGAAACAUGAAAUCCCACGCUGUCACUUUGUAACAUGUUGGCGACAUUUCAAACUCCGAUCACUCUGCAGAAGUUCAGUUUUCAAACCAGACCCCUACUGGCUACAGGAAGUUACUGCGUCUAAUUAACAACUCCAGCUGUUUUUAUUCUAAUGGACAUUCAGCGCCCCCUGCUGUUUGAGAAUCAGUGUUUGACUGCAGAGGAUCUUCUAGAGAUGUGGGUCAGUCAUAAACACAGAACAGACACCCGAGUAAAUAUGGAGGACACGCCUGCAAAGGGUUCUGGUCCUGUGGACUUCCUGCAAAGGGUUCUGGUCCUGUGGACUUCCUGCAAAGGGUUCUGGUCCUGUGGACUUCCUGCAAAGGGUUCUGGUCCUGUGGACUUCCUGCAGGACUCGGUCUGAAAGUGUUUCUUCUUCUGCUCCUCAGGGUCAGGAUGGACGGAGAGGGUCACCUGGAGUGAAGGUACGAGAGGAAUCCAGACCACGCCCACAGCUGUUCGAGACACAUUAAUACACCAGUAAACAUGCUGAGAGUGUGUGUGUGUGUGUGUGCGUGUGCGUGCGUGCGUGCGUGCGUGCGUGCGUGCGUGCGUGCGUGCGUGCGUGUGCGUGUGUGUGUCCUGCAGGGUUCACGUGGAGAACCUGGAGAUCAGGGCAGCAAAGGCAGCCCAGGAGCUUCAGGUCCACAGGUGAGUGAUGAGACCAGGAUCAGGUGGUUCAUCAGCUGAGAGGUCGUUAACUACAGCUAGACUCUGUCUCCGCAGGGUUCCAGAGGGGUCGGAGGUCAACCUGGACCUAGAGGGGUCCCCGGCCUGCCUGGACCUCAGGUCAGUUCAUCAUCUCCACAUCUCCAACCCUGUUGUAACUCAGCUGACCUCAGAGCAGCACUGAGGAAUGUGAAAGAGGUCGAGGUGAGAGUUUUCCCUCAGAGGAGGAGCAGCAGGGUCACCUGAUGGAGUUCAGGUCUGAAGAAGAAGAAGAAGAAGAAGAAGAAGAAGAAGAAGGAGAAGAAGAAGAAGAAGAAGAAGAAGAAGAAGAAGGAGAAGAAGAAGAGACGAGGUUUCUCUGAGAGAGAGAGAGAGAGAGAGGCGCAAAACUCUGAGAGAUUUCAGAGUCGGAAACUUUCAUGAGAAUUAAGGAGAAUAAAUCUGAAGGUCGUCCUGAAGGUCGGUCCUGAAGGUCGGUCCUGAAGGUCGGUCCUGAAGGUCGGUCCUGAAGGUCGGUCCUGAAGGUCGGCCCUGAAGGUCGGUCCUGAAGGUCGGUCCUGAAGGUCGGUCCUGAAGGUCGGUCCUGAAGGUCGGUCCUGAAGGUCGGUCCUGAAGGUUGGUCCUGAAGGUCGGUCCUGAAGGUCGGUCCUGAAGGUCGGUCCUGAAGGUUGGUCCUGAAGGUCGAUCUUGAAGGUCGGUCCUGAAGGUCGGUCCUGAAGGUCGGUCCUGAAGGUCGGUCCUGAAGGUCGGUCCUCCACAGGAACUUCAAUAUAGUCGGUGAAAAUAUCUUGUUUUAUAAUCUUGACUAAAACAACCAGAUUUAACGAGAGUCCACUCCUCAGUCACAUGAUCACACUGUUUACUGCAGGUUAUUGAGGCCACACCCCCUACAUGCUCUGGUCACUCCUCCAUCACGUGAUUGACAGAUGAUUUCUCGAACCCUGGAGGCCAAAGACGUUUGAGUCGACCGACUUUAGAGAGUCAAGUUCUGAUAAUAUUCUGGGGUCAAUAGAUUUGAUCAAUAAUAGUUUUAAUAUUUCAAUAAAAACUGGAGCUAAAUGUUAUUUUUAUGUCAUCGACCUUUAAGGGUCGAGGUCAUCAUGGCGGCGGUCGUUUCCUCAGAUUCUGUUUCUCCUGACAGACGGUUUUCUGUAACCAAACCAUCAAUUAUUGAUCAACUAUCAAAUAUUUUAAAGACCGUUCAGCUGUUUAUCGACUAUAUUUCUGUUCAUGACAUUAUGUCAACAUUUAUGUUGAAUUUGACAGUUUGUUUAAAUUUCCCCCAAUUUCCAGUUAAUUCCCAAAAUAAGUUUCUAAUGUGGAUUAUUUCCAAAAUUCCCGUCUUCACUUCUCAUGAAAAGUUUCUGGAAAGUUUCCGCCCCUUUGCAGCCCGACUGAGAGACGAUCAGCUGACUGAACAGACGGGCAGGUUCUCUUCUCCUCCUCCUCAGAGGGUUCGAUUAGUAAGAAGGAAAAAUCUGCAGAAUUUCCUCUUGACUGAAGGAAAAGUUUCUAAAACAGUUUCAUGGUCCCCCCCCCCCUCACAGCUGACUCAGUGAAGUUUCAUCAGAUUCAGUCUCAGAGUUUAACGGUGAAGUCUGGGUUAGAUUAGCGGCUGUCAUCUCCGACGCCUUAAUUACAGCGAAUCUUAAAUCCUGAACUCUGACAGAUCUGGUCUGGGACUGAUCUGGUCUUCAGAGUCCUGACGCCUCACUAAAGUAGACAGAAGAAAUAGAUCCGUGAAGAUAGAUGUUUGUCGCUCCUCAUACAGACGAGUUUGUUUGGAGUUUCAGUUUAACACUCGGCUGUCAGUCGUUGAUCCUGAGACCUUCAGUGAUGGUCCUGGUUCCUCUCGCUCAUCAGAAAGUCGUCCCCGCCCACUUUAGUUGAAGUUAAAAUAUUUUGACUUUCUCUUGAUCUCAGGGAGCUCCAGGACAACCUGGAGGUCCGGGUGCAGCUGGACGCCGUGGAGCCAACGGACAGAAGGUUAGUGACCUCAUCAUCAGACCUUCACAUGACCAGUUCAACCAAGUAUGAACGCUGACGCCUGUGUCCUUCAGACCUUUUGGGACCAGAAUAGAGGUCUGUCACAAACCUCGAAGUCCACUUAAAGAAGGUCUACAGAGGAGAGCAGAACUCCUCCUGUUUAGUGAAAAUGUAAACGGUUGUUGGUGUAAAGAGCCAAAAGUGAGAGUGAUGAACAUUAUUGAGAAGAUGAUGAUGAAGAACUCAGAUUUCUUCUUCUCACACGGUGAUGGUGUGAGUCUACAUGACUUCAUGAACUUCGCUCAGACCCACAGGAAGAACAUUAACCUCCAGGUUUACUGGAGAUCAAUGAUCAACUUUUAUUUUUCCAUGUCUCAGUUCGUCCUCUCUGUCCUGUUGAAUCCUGUCUCUGAUGUGUAACUCUGUUUUUGGUCUGAAAGUAAAACCUGACUCUUGUUCCGGGUGCAGGGCCAACCAGGAGACUCGGGUGAUAAGGGGGUCCCAGGAUCUCAGGGACCUCGAGGGAUGCCGGUAAACGUCUCUUCUGUGUUUGUUAACGUAGAGUUUGGUUUGUUAGAAGAACGAUGAAACGGUGAAACGCAGCAUCAGAACAUGUUCACACAGUCACGGUGCAGCUCCUUCACCUGCGGAGAAGUUUCAUGGAGAUGUUGAUUUCUUAUGGAGACUCUUAGGGCGACUAAACACCUGCCCACAGCGCCAAAACUCAACGUAACCGUGUCUGAUGAACGAGAAACCCGAACCCUCCAAAUCCAAACCAAGAAGACUUGAAUUCUUCUGUUUUUCACGUCAUGAACAGAAGAAUAAAUGAACUCUGAUUUAUCGUCUGUCCGGGUUUUGGUGUGUGGGAUGUGAUGUGGUCUCUGUCUGUCCUGUUUCAGGGUCAGGAUGGUAAAGACGGGUACGGACCUCCGGGACCCAACGGACCGAAGGUGAGUGAGAUGUUUGAUCAAAUGUGAAAAUGUAAAUGUUGAGAAAUCCACUCUGAGUCUUUGCUCCUGUCUUCACAGGGAGAUCCUGGUUUCCCUGGUUACCCCGGUCUUCCAGUGAGUACAGCAGAUCAGAUAAAUCCAGUCCCACCUAAAAGAGAAACCCACCGUGGUCUGGAUGAACACGGACGAUGAUCGAGGAUCUGUGGGCCCUAAAACCAGAUUUCCUCUGAACAUCACAGAGAAGAAAGAGCAGAGCGAAUGUUUCCACUUCAUUAAGAUCCAUCAUAAAUCACAGAACCAAACCCCAGUGUAAAAACAGCCGAUUUAAGCUGGAGUGGUUUUCUGCUGUGUCAGUGUGGGCAGAGUCUCAGACCGCAGACUUUGUAAAGUCAACAGAGCUGAAGGACAGAGAGUCGGGAUGAAAAAACACAUUUUUAUUUAUCUUACAACAAAAAUCACAAACACUGAAUAUUUGGAUAUUUAUGGAUCCAUCAGGGUCCAAAUCUGAGCGAAGGAAUCAGAACAGCUGUGUGAUGAAGAUGUCUCUGUGUCCAGGGUGAGGACGGCCUGCAGGGACCGAAAGGAUAUCCAGGACGUAAAGGAAACCAAGGUCGACCCGUGAGUGUUUGUGUUUACUCUGAUCAGCUGAUCACAGAUGUCAUUGAUUUAACCUUCAUUAAGCAGGAGUGUCUGUUUGAGAUUAAAAACCUCCUUUUCUAAGGAGUCCAGUCACAGAUGAUCAACCUUCAGGGUCUUGGAGCUCGAUAAAAAGAUUUCUUCACUUUGAUGAUGAAGAUGAAGAUGACUGAAGUCGGGUUCUGCUUCAUCACUGACUCCUCUCUCUGUUUUCACUGAUCCAGGGUAACUCAGGCAGACCAGGAGAUUCAGGUUCACCUGGAGAUCCAGGAUAUGCAGGACACAGGGUGAGGACCAUCAUCAUCAUCAUCAUCAUCGUUAAUCAUUGUCUGUCUCCUCCUGUCGGAUCACUGCCCACUCUUUAAUGAACUGAAGGACAUCCUGAGUGAACGUUCAGCACGUCUGAUCCAACAGUAACUGUGGGCUGUGAUAAAAACACUCACACUGUGUUUUCAGUGACGUGUUCUCUCUCCCUUUAGCUCCUCCUCCCUGAAGACUUCUUGUUGUUUUAUUGAUUUUAUGAUCUCUGUUGAUCACGUCUUCCUGCCAAAGGGACUGAAGAUGAAAAUGACCCUUUAUACCCGAUCAUGUCUUUGUGUUUGUCUUCAUUAUUAUGUUUUUGUCCCGGUCUUAAAUUAUAUAAAUCCUAAAUCCACAAACUUCAGCUCUGAGGGAAAACUGGCGUCUCUCACUCCUGAUUGGCUGAUUUAUUGUCCUCUGAGAUGUGAGGUCUGGACUCAGCUCUCAGCUCAGAUGACAGUUGGACUAAAGUCUGUUCUGGUCUUUUAGGGUCCAAGAGGUCCUCCUGGAGACAAAGGAACCGUAAGACCACCUUUAAUUCACUUAACAUGAAGAAAACGACCAAUCAGUGUUUUUAUGAGUCUGUCUGUCUGUUUGUCUGUCUGUCUGUCUGUCUGUCUGUCUGUCUGACUGACUGACUGACUGACUGUCUGUCUGUCUGUCUGUCUGUCUGUCUGUCUGUCUGACUGUCUGUCUGUCUGUCUGUCUGUCUGUCUGUCUGUCUGUCUGUCUGUCUGUCUGUCUGUCUGUCUGUCUGUCUGUCUGUCUGUCUGUCUGUCUGUCUGUCUCCUCAGGAGUGUCAGCUGGUCACCUACAUCAGAGAGAACUGUGGUGAGUGUCUUUAAUAGUACAGAAAAACUAGAGAUCUUCUCCUCCUCCUCCUCCUCCUCUCUCCUCUCUCCUCCUCCUCUCCUUAUUUCUCCUCUCUUCUCCUCCUUCUCCUCCUCCUCCUCUCUUCUCCUCCUCUCCUUAUUUCUCCUCUCUUCUCCUCUCCUCCUCCUCCUCUCUUCUCUCUCCUCCUCCUCCUCCUCCUCCUCUCUUCUCUCUCCUCCUCCUCCUCUCUCCUCCUCCUCUCUUCUCCUCUCUUCUCCCCUCUCUUCUCCUCCUCCUCCUCUCUCCUCCUCUCUCCUCUCUCCUCCUCCUCUCUCAGAAUUCGUUAUUUGUCGUUGUUUUAUUCUGACUCCUCUCCUUAUUUCUCCUCUCUCCUCCUCUCUCCUCCUCCUCCUCCUCUCCUUAUUUCUCCUCUCUUCUCUCUCCUCCUCCUCCUCCUCUCCCUCUCUCCUCCUCUCUUCUCUCUCCUCCUCCUCUCUUCUCUCUUCUCCUCCUCCUCCUCUCUCCUCCUCCUCUCUUCUCUCUUCUCCUCCUCCUCCUCUCUCCUCCUCCUCUCUCAGAUUUCGUUAUUUGUCGUUGUUUUAUUCUGACUCCUCUCCUCCUUCCUCCUCUCUCCUCUCUUCUCCUCCUCUCUCCUCCUCCUCCUCCUCUCCUUAUUUCUCCUCUCCUCUUCUCUCCUCCUCCUCUCUUCUCCUCUCUUCUCCUCCUUCUCCUCCUCCUCCUCUCUCCUCCUCUCUUCUCCUCCUCCUCCUCUCUCCUCUCUCCUCCUCUCCUCUCUCCUCUCUCCUCCUCUCUUCUCCUCCUCCUCCUCUCUUCUCCUCCUUCUCCCCUCUCCUCCUCCUCCUCUCUUCUCCUCCUCCUCUCUCCUCCUCUCUUCUCUCUCCUCCUCCUCUCUUCUCCUCCUCCUCCUCCUCCUCCUCCUCUUCUCUCCCCUCUCCUCCUCCUCCUCUCUUCUCCUCCUCCUCCUCCUCCUCCUCUCUCCUCUCUUCUCCUCCUCUCUUCUCCUCCUCCUCCUCUCUUCUCCUCCUUCUCCCCUCUCCUCCUCCUCCUCUCUUCUCCUCCUCAUCCUCCUCCUCCUCUCUCCUCUCUCCUCCUCUCUCCUCCUCCUCUCUCAGAAUUCGUUAUUUGUCGUUGUUUUAUUCUGACGUUUCUCCUCCUUCCUCCACAGCCUGCUCCAUCGGUACGUAUCUCCAUGGUAACCUUCUCUGCAGUUCAGUGAGUAAAGUUCUCGCUGAGUUCAGCCUCUCGUGUCUCUGCGGCGGCGGCGGCGAGGAGGAUUCUUGACGUCAGACGACAGAAACACUAAACUUAUUCACCGCCGUAUAAAAACGCACACAGGUGUGUUUUUUUGUUUAGUCGACUUCCUGCAGACAAACAUGUUUGGGUAGGUUCUCCUGAAGCUGGACUCAGACGUUCAUGCUCCUCUGAGGUUUAACCACAAUCACUCUGACCAUGACUCUGACAGUCCAAUCAGGAACCUUUCCUCAGCGCCACACUGACCUUCAGGUUUGUCCAGUCUGAGUGAAAACAGGAAGUGUUUGAACAUGUGAAACCGUCGUCCAGGUGACCUCCAGGUGACCUCCAGGUGACCUCCAGGUACGUCCUCACACAGGUCUCUACAGCUGCACCGUUCAUCUCUUCUUCGUUGGUUUCCAGGUCGCUCAGAGUGUCCCGCCUACCCCACUGAGCUGGUCUUCGGUCUGGACAUGUCUGAGGACGUGACCCCGGCGGCCUUUGAGCGGCAGCGCUCCGCCCUCCUCUCCCUGCUGGAGGACGUCUCCAUCGCCGAGAGCAACUGUCCAACCGGCGCCCGCGUGGCCGUGGUGGGAUACAGCAGCUACACCAAGUACCUGAUCCGUUUCCAGGACUACCGCCGCAAGGCGCAGCUGAUCGAGUCGGUGAAGAACAUCGCCCUGGAGAGGACGUCAAACAGACGCCAGCUAGGCGCCGCCAUGCGCUUUGUGGGCCAGCAUGUCUUUAAACGAAUCAGAGCGAGCGUGAUGAUGAGGAAGGUGGCCGUCUUCCUCUCUAACGGUCCGACACAGGAUGUAGGAGACGUUGUGACCGCCAUGAUGGAGUACCGCGGCCUCAACAUCGUCCCGGCUGUCGUCUCUCUGAGGAACGCUCCGGCCUUGGGUCGGGCGAUGGAGGUGGGUCUGAAUUCUGUUUGGGGUUUAUAAAGUCCAUCAGGACUCUCAGAACCGGGUUUUCAUACAGCUGUGGACUUUUACUGUGUUCUGGUUACCAUGGUGAUCGGAGCUGGGAAUGACGUGACACCCGAGUGGACAGCAGUCCAGUAAACAAGUCGGUAAACCAAGAUGGACGCCUACUGUUACCCCAUGUUAGCUGUCGUUAGCGGUUGUUACCGAUUGUUAGCUGUUGUUAGCAGUUGUUAGCUGUUGUUAGCUGGUGUUAGCGGUUGUUAGCUGGUGUUAGCGGUUGUUAGCUGUUGUUACUGUUAGCUGUUGUUAGCUGUUGUUAGCGGUUGUAAGCUGUUGGCUGUUGUUAGCUGUUGUUAGCGUUUGUUAGCGGUUGUUAGUGGUUGUUAGCUGGUGUUAGCGGUUGUUAGCGGUCGUUAGCGGUUGUUAGCUGUUGUUAGCGGUUGUUAGCUGUGUUAGCUGUUGUAAGCGGUCGUUAGUCGUUGUCAGUUGUUGUUAGUCGUUGUUAGCUGUUGUUAGUCGUUGUUAGUCGUCGUUAGCUGUUGUUAGCUGUUGUUAGCGGUUGUUAGCUGUUGUUAGCGGUUGUUAGCUGGUGUUAGCGGUUGUUAGCUGUUGUUAGCGUUUGUUAGCGGUCGUUAGUCGUUGUUAGCUGUUGUUAGUCGUUGUUAGUCGUUGUUAGCUGUUGUUAGCGGUUGUUAGCUGGUGUUAGCGGUUGUUAGUCGUUGUUAGCUGUUGUUAGCUGUUGUUAGCGGUUGUUAGCUGUUGUUAGUCGUUGUUAGUCGUUGUUAGCUGUUGUUAGCUGUUGUUAGCGGUUGUUAGCUGGUGUUAGCGGUCGUUAGUCGUUGUUAGCUGUUGUUAGCUGUUGUUAGCGGUUGUUAGCUGUUGUUAGCAGUUGUCAGCUGUUGUUAGCGGUUGUUAGCUGGUGUUAGCGGUUGUUAGCUGUUGUUAGCGUUUGUUAGCGGUCAUUAGUCGUUGUUAGCUGUUGUUAGUCGUUGUUAGUCGUUGUUAACGGUUGUUAGCUGUUGUUAGCGGUUGUUAGCGGUCGUUAGCUGUUGUUAGCGGUCGUUAGCUGUUGUUAGCGGUCGUUAGCUGUUGUUAGUUGUUGUUAGACGUUGUUAGCGUUUGUUAGCUGUUGUUAGCUGUUGUUAGCUGUUAUUAGCGUUUGUUAGCUGUUGUUAGCUGUUGUUAGCGUUUGUUAGCUGUUGUUAGUUGUUGUUAGCUGUUGUUAGCGUUUGUUAGCGGUCAUUAGUCGUUGUUAGCUGUUGUUAGUCGUUGUUAGUCGUUGUUAACGGUUGUUAGCUGUUGUUAGCUGUUGUUAGCAGUUGUCAGCUGUUGUUAGCGGUUGUUAGCUGGUGUUAGCGGUUGUUAGCUGUUGUUAGCGUUUGUUAGCGGUCAUUAGUCGUUGUUAGCUGUUGUUAGUCGUUGUUAGUCGUUGUUAACGGUUGUUAGCUGUUGUUAGCGGUUGUUAGCGGUCGUUAGCUGUUGUUAGCGGUCGUUAGCUGUUGUUAGCGGUCGUUAGCUGUUGUUAGUUGUUGUUAGACGUUGUUAGCGGUCGUUAGCUGUUGUUAGCUGUUGUUAGUUGUUGUUAGCUGUUGUUAGCGGUCGUUAGCUGUUGUUAGUUGUUGUUAGACGUUGUUAGCGUUUGUUAGCUGUCGUUAGCUGUUGUUAGCUGUUGUUAGCGGUCGUUAGCUGUUGUUAGCGUUUGUUAGCGGUCGUUAGCUGUUGUUAGCGUUUGUUAGCGGUCGUUAGCUGUUGUUAGCGGUCGUUAGCUGUUGUAAGCUGUUGUUAGCUGUUGUUAGCGUUUGUUAGUUGUUGUUAGUCGUUGUUAGCUGUUGUUAGCUGUUGUUAGCUGUUGUUAGCUGUUGUUAGCGGUUGUUAGCUGUUGUUAGCGGUCGUUAGCUGUUGUUAGCUGUUGUUAGCGGUCGUUAGCUGUUGUUAGCUGUUGUUAGCUGUUGUAAGCGUUGUUAGUUUGCUGUUGUUAGCUGUUGUUAGUCGUUGUUAGCGGUUGUUAGCUGUUGUUAGCUGUUGUUAGCUGUUGUUAGCGGUUGUUAGCUGUUGUUAGCUGUUGUUAGCUGUUGUUAGCUGUUGUUAGCGGUCGUUAGCUGUUCCAGUUGUAAACCACACAGUAUUUCACUCGUACAAACGCCGCAGCAGCAGCGUGUUCACAGUUAGCUGUCAGGCCGUCGAACAGAAACUGAUUUAAUUUCCUAAAAUCAAACAGAUGUGAUAAAUAAUUAAAACAUUACGAGAUCUUCAGUGUUACUCUUCACUGUUGAUGAACUGCGCUGCCAUCUUGGAUUAUGACGUUGUCGUCGAGGCGGGGUUGGCGAGGAUCGUCCGACUUUCCGAUGCGACUUUCCGAUCCGACUUCAGGGGGGCGUUCCAGAUGAAUUUUCGACUUGGAGCUCGGAAGCCGAACCUCAGAAUAUUCCAGAACCGCAGAGUCAGAGUCAGUCGCUCCGAGCUUUUAUAACUUUAUUAUUGACUCUGUCGUCUGAUUGGUCGACUCUGGUUAAAAACACGGAGGUCUGUGUCGUCUCUGAUGUUGUUUUCAGAGUUCUUACUUUUCCUCCUCUCGAUCAAAUAACCAUCCGACUCUCCGCCCUCUUUAACUCCAGCCAACGCUCUCUGUCCAUCAUCAGGUGGAUAUCUGGGUUGGUCCUGAUCCAGGUAUGCUGAGACUGGGCUGACCCGGUUCUGUAAAUCCAAAGCGAACCCCUCAGGUCUAAACAGGACUCUAACAAACACAGAACAGACUAUCAUUCAUUCUCGGUGUUUGCUUAUCUCAGCUCAGAGGAGGCUCUCCUCUCCAACUCACUAACAUAUGACUUCAUUCAGCUCCCUCAGCGACUCGUCUCCCUUUUUGGCCGAGUUUUCACCCACCAGCAGCCGCCAGAACUUCAUCCAGAGCGUUCAUAAGAGAGGAGAUAAGCGGGCGGCUCUUUCACUGGAAAAGAGACUGUAUCAGAGUACUGAUUGAAUGUUUUUAGUCUCUGAAGUGUCCUGACCUCCCGUCCCCGUCCUCAGAGCUGUGAUUAAUGUCUGUUUCUCAUCAGGUCGAUGACUCAGGAAACUCCAUCUUCACGGUGCUGGGGAGGGACAUGGCUGCCGACCUCAGCAAGGUCAAGAACUGUGCGAUCUGUUACGGUGAGAUGGAUUCAUCAUAACCAUAAAAUUCAGAGUGACGUGGUUCAGCUGGAAACACUUUUUCAGGAGCUCCAGUUUGAUCUGAACUUCUUCAUGAAACAGGAGGAGAAGAAAAAAGUGGUUAAAAUAAAAUAAAAAAGUUUUAUGAACUUCGUCAGCAGCUGUUUUCAACCACUAAUGUCAAAAUGUUGUCGGAAACUUUCUUAGCUUCAUUAAGCUUUUAUUACAACUACAUAAAACCUUUAUUAAGCCUUAAUUACACCCUCACUAACACCUUUAUUACACCUGUAACUAAGCCUUUAUUCUGACUGUAAUAAAGCGUUUCGUAAACUUGUAAUGUAGCCUAAAUUAAGACUUUAUUACCGUCGUUACAAAGACAUUAUUCAGCAUUUACUUUACCGACAAACAAAAGCCUUCAGUAAGCAUUCAUCACACCUGUAAUAACACCUUUAUAACACCUGUAAUAACACCUCUAUAACACCUGUAAUAACACCUUUAUAACACCUGUUAUAACACCUCUAUGACACCUGUAAUAACACCUUUAUAACACCUGUAAUAACUACUUUAACACAGGAGUAACAACAUCGUUUAUAAGCCACUUUUUCACCUUUAAUUACACCUCUAUGACACCUGUAAUAACACCUUUAUAACACCUGUAAUAACUACUUUAACACAGGAGUAACAACAUCGUUUAUAAGCCACUUUUUCACCUUUAAUUACACCUCUAUGACACCUGUAAUAACACCUGUAAUAACACCUUUAUAACACCUGUAAUAACUACUUUAACACAGGAGUAACAACAUCGUUUAUAAGCCACUUUUUCACCUUUAAUUACACCUCUAUGACACCUGUAAUAACACCUCUAUAACACCUGUAAUAACACCUCUAUGACACCUGUAAUAACACCUCUAUGACACCUGUAAUAACACCUCUAUAACACCUGUAAUAACACCUCUAUAACACCUGUAAUAACACCUCUAUGACACCUGUAAUAACACCUCUAUAACACCUGUAAUAACACCUCUAUGAUACCUGCAAUAACACCUCUAUGACACCUGUAAUAACACCUCUAUGAUACCUGCAAUAACACCUCUAUGAUACCUGUAAUAACACCUCUAUAACACCUGUAAUAACACCUCUAAAACACCUGUAAUAACACCUGUAAUAACACCUCAAUAACACCUGUAAUAACACCUUUAUAACACCUGUAAUAACACCUCAAUAACACCUGUAAUAACACCUUUAUAACACCUGUAAUAACACCUCUAUAACACCUGUAAUAACACCUCUGACACCUGUAAUAACACUUCUAUAGCACCUCUAUAACACCUGUAAUAACACCUCUAUAACACCUGUAAUAACACCUCUAUAACACCUGUAAUAACACCUCUAUAACACCUGUAAUAACACCUCUGACACCUGUAAUAACACCUUUAUAUCACCUGUAAUAACACCUUUAUAACACCUGUAAUAACACCUCUAUGACACCUGUAAUAAAGACUCAUUAAGGCUUCGUUACAGUCGUAAAGACACCUUUAUAACAGCUCUAAUGGAUCUUUAUGAAGACCGUAUCGAACCCGGGCUGAUUCCUGCGUUGAGUCGUGGUCACACCCUUCUCCGUUUCCUCCUCAGACCUUCAGAAGCAGUUUUGGUUCCUCCGUAGUGACCUUCUCCGUUUCCUCCUCAGACCCCUGUCGGCGCUCAGCUCAGUGCUCCUUCAUCCAGGAACAGGUCCAGCCUCAGCAGGCCGACGUGGACCUGGUCCUGGUGCUGGACGGCUCCAGGGAGGUGAAGGCUGACGAGUACGCCGGCGCCCAGCAGCUUCUGGGUUCUGUGGUGGAGCAGCUGGCUGUGAGCCCAGAACCCGGCAGACCCGGAAACCAGGCCCGGGUGGCUUUAGUCCAGCAGGGCAGCACACAGGCUCUGAAGGAGGAGUUUGGACUGCAGAGGUACCAGAACCAGGACCUGAUGAAGAGGCACCUGAUCCAGAACGUGAGGCAGCAGGGCGGCUCCGCCUCCAUGGGACUGACGCUAGAGUUCGCCUUGAAGAAGGUCCUCCUGAACGCCAAGCAGGCCCGGAAGAGGAGGGUGCUGCUGACCGUGGUGGGCACCCAGACCGCCUACGAGGACCGGGCCAAGCUGCGCUACAUCUCCCAGAAGGCCAAGUGUGAGGGGGUGGCGCUGUUCGUGGUGACGGUCGGCGAGCGCUACAGCCGGACUCAGGUGGAGGAGCUGGCCGGUCUGCCCGCGAAUCAGCACCUGGUCCACGUCAGCAGACUGGACGCUGAGGAGCAGGGCUACUGCCGACGCUUCUUCAGGGUCUUCCUGUCCGCCAUGAACCGUAAGAACGCCGCCGGACUGAACCAGAUCCACCAAAUCCAGGUCCAAAUCCUGAACCCUGACAUCUGCGCUCCGUUUCUGUUUCAGGGGGACUCAACACGUACCCGCCCCCUUCGUUAAAGAGAACAUGUGACCAGCUGACGGAGCAGGACCGAGGACAAACAAUCAACGGGUAAACACGCCGUCUGCAGGGUCACGACCCUGAAAAGACCAGAAUCAGGGUCUGAACGGGACCAGACCGGAUCCAGUUUAACAGAGUUUUAGUUCUGACCCGCUCUGUGUGUGUGUGUGUGUGUGUGUGUGUGUGUGUGUGUGUGUGUGUGUGUGUCUGUGUGUGUGUGUGUGCGCAGUCAGGACGUGUUCAUAAACGGCGCCUUCGUGGAGGAGGAGGAGGAGGAGGAGGAGAGCUUCCAGGAGCACAAAGGAGGACAGACUCAGACGGGACAGCUGGACAUCAUCGAGACUCUGAUCCGAGGAGACGGACAGAGAGUGGUGUCUGCAGCCAACAUCAACGGUAACACACACACAUGAACACACACACAUGAACACACACACUCUCACACACACACACACACACACACACACACACACACACAGACACACACACACAGACACACACUCACUCACACACACACACUCGUAAAAUGAAACUCUGGAGUGGAUUAAAACAAACUCACAGAUUACACAGAUUACAGAUUAAUCUGAAGUCGUCGACCUCGGGACGAUAAAAUCAUGACGACUCAAAAAUACGUCUCAGAGACUUGAACCAAAAGCAGCUGAUGAGGUGUUCCCAGUCCUGAUGCUGCCCCCUGGAGGCAGGAGAGUUUAUCACACCACACAGAAUAAAGACUGUUUGAACAGAAACACUUUAAACACAGAUGAAGAUGAUGAUGAUGAUGAUGAAGAUGAUGAUGAUGAUGAUGAAGAUGAUGAUGAUGAUGAGUCUGUCCUCUAGAUGUCGACCUUUGAACUCGAUCUUCUCAGUCUGAGUCCAGGAGUCUCUCUGUCUUUGAAAUCUUCACUCAUGUUUCUCUUGAACGUCCUUCAUGCAUGCUUCAUGUCUGCUCACUGUUUGAACACACAGACACACGCACACACACACACACUCACACACACACACACACACACACUCACACUCACACAGACACACACACUCACACUCACACACAGACACACACACACUCACACACACACACACACACACGGUCAUGAAACUAAACCCUGUUUGUCUGGAUGAUCCUCUCGCAUGUUCUUCUCUCAGAGCAGCAGUUUCCUCACAUCCAGAACUUCAGACCCGUUUACAGUGAGAAUGUCCGGAACCGCCCAAAUCCAGAACCACCCCCUUUAACCGGGGCGAUAAUCUGUUAAUUAACCAUGACGAAGGAAGGAAGUGAGCAGAAAGCAAACAGGUCGUCCUUCCUGUUCACGUGAUGAGACAAAGUUGAUCAGAGAAGUGAACUCUGAUCAGAGCUGUGGACUUUUUACUCUUUUACUUCUUAAGGAGGGUGACCAUAACACUCCUAUGAGGGGCGGAGUCACAGAGUCACGCGUCGUAAAUUCUCACACUUCUAACUCGGUAAGUCGACGCGACACAAACCACCAGUUGAGAACCACUGCUCUAAAGUUUGAGUUCUGCGGUGGUCCGGUUUCUCUGCAAAGUUCAACAAAAAGAAAAUAUGAGAGUUUGUUUGUUUGUUUGUUUGUUUGUUUGUUUGUUUCUGAUUGAAAUAAAGAUUUUAGAGGUUAUUCUACCCCCCCCCCCCAGUUCUGCACACGCUCAGUUUAGACUUGAUUUCUCAGCAGGAUGGCGGCGUUUUUUUUCUGGUCUGUUGAGGAUCUGCUGCCCUGGAGUGUGUGUGUGUGUGCGUGCAUGUGUGUGUGCGUGCAUGUCUGUGUGCGUGCAUGUGUGCGUGCAUGUGUCACAUUAACACCUGUGUUCUGCUUUCAGCCCGGUGUCUGCUGCUGGCUGAUACUGGGAUCCAGUGUGACGACUAUGUCCAGUCGUGGUUCUUUGACAAAGACGUCGGUGCAUGCUCGCCGUUCUGGUUCGGCGGUUGCGGCGGAAACGCCAACCGCUUUAAAACAGAAAGUGAAUGUUUCCAGACUUGUGGCAUCCAUAGUAAGUCCUGAAUGAGCACCGGACCGCAACCCGAGACCGGGGGCGUGUCUGUGUGUGGACCGUCUAACAGGAGUGUGUGUGUGUGUGUGUGUGUGUGUGUGAGUGUGUGUGUGUGUGUGUGUGUGUGGACCGUCUAACAGGUGUGUGUGUGUGUGUGUGUGUGUGUGUGUGUGGACCAUCUAACAGGAGUGUGUGUGUGUGUGUGUGUGUGUGGACUGUCUAACAGGUGUGUGUGUGUGUGUGUGUGUGUGUGUGUGUGUGUGUGUGUGGACCGUCUAACAGGAGUGUGUGUGUGUGUGUGUGUGUGUGUGUGUGGACCGUCUAACAGGAGUGUGUGUUUGUGUGUGUGUGUGUGUGUGUGGACUGUCUAACAGGAGUGUGUGUGUGUGUGUGUGUGUGUGUGUGUGGACCGUCUAACAGGAGUGUGUGUGUGUGUGUGUGUGUGUGUGUGUGUGUGUGUGUGUGUGGACCAUCUAACAGGAGGUGUGUGUGUGUGUGUGUGUGUGUGUGUGUGUGUGUGUGUGUGUGUGGACUGUCUAACAGGAGUGUGUGUGUGUGUGUGUGUCUCUGUGUGUGUGUGUGUGUGUGUGUCUCUGUGUGUGUGUGUGUGUGUGUGUCUCUGUGUUGUGUGUGUGUGUGUGUGUGUGUGGACCGUCUAACAGGAGUGUGUGUGUGUGUGUGUGUGUGUGUGUGUGUGUGUGUGUGUGUGUGUGUGGACUGUCUAACAGGAGUGUGUGUGUGUGUGUGUGUGUGUGUGUGUGUGUGUGUGUGUGUGUGUGUGUGUGUGUGUGUGUGUGUGUGUGGACUGUCUAACAGGAGUGUGUGUGUGUGUGUGUGUGUCUCUGUGUGUGUGUGUGUGUGUGUGUCUCUGUGUGUGUGUGUGUGUGUGUGUCUCUGUGUCUGUGUGUGUGUGUGUGUGUGUGGACCGUCUAACAGGAGUGUGUGUGUGUGUGUGUGUGUGUGUGUGUGUGUGUGUGUGUGGACUGUCUAACAGGUGUGUGUGUGUGUGUGUGUGUGUGUGUGUGUGUGUGUGUGUGUGUAAGCUCGUCAUCGUGUCGUUUAUUUCAGACUAAUAAAGUUUUUCUCUCUUUCUUCUCACUAAACUUUCGGACUAGUCCUUUAAACUGAGUCUGUUUCCGGCUGCAGGUCUUCAGAGUCUGGGUUCAGACACUGACCCCCGAUUUCCACCGCAUCCUGAACAGCUACUAAAAGGCCGAAUCCCCCGCCAAAAUAAAACAUCCGUCUUCUUUUCAAAAUAAAACACUCCGUGUUUCAGGAGGAUCGUAUUUCACACCAUGCAAACGGGCGGAGACGAACAAGUGAAAGGUUUUUAGACGUCAUUUCACCCCGAUGACACCAUGGAUGAGGAGAUGCUGAUUCUAGAAGUCUAGAAGUAGAUUUCCUCCUCUGGAAGGACACAAUCUACUGCUUAUAUGUCUAUGUGUCUGUCUUUAGAGAGACAACUCGUUAUCGUGAGAUUGAACGUGAAUCUGCAGGUUCUUAUGAGUUCUCAUGAUUACCGCUGUCCUUAAUUCGCCACGAAAUUCGCCUCACAAACAGAUCUGGAUCAGAGCCGUUCUGAAUGCGGUGAAAGUGGGGGUUAUAGUCAAGAUCUGGACCCCUCCAGGACCCAGAACUCUGAGUACCUGGACUUUAUUCUUCCCUCACAGUCAUGACAGCCUGAUUAUUCAGACCUCAGAAGACCUGAGGUGGGGGGUUAAACCAGCAGAGCUCAGUUUGUUCUCAGGUCUUUCUCCUGGUUCUCCUGGUUCUCCUGGUUCUCCUGGUUGACUCUGUCCUCUCUCACAGAUCCAGACGUCCUGCCGAGACCAGAGCUGGUCAGCUUCGCCUCCAAAGGUAAAACCAGACGUCCUGCUGAGACCUUCAAGUCCUGAACUCUUUUUAGAACCUCAGACCUCUUUAGAAGAAGAAGAGACCUCCUUCUAAUAUCAGUCAAUAGUUAUUAGUUAUUGAUUAUUUGGUAAUAUAUCGAUAUCUCUGUGUUCUCUUAUGUCUGUGUCGUCAACAUUUGAACAUUUCUGAGCGGUCCGCUCUUUCUGACUGUAAACAAAGCCGUUCUCCACCUCCUCUAACCUGAUUGGUUGUGAGGCAGACGCUGCUCCCCCGUGUCGUUCAGGAGCCCAAACAAAGUUAGCGUAAUACCGGAGAGAAGUCCUGCAAACAUUGUGUUUGCUGGUAGUCUGUUGGCAUCUACAGUAGCACCAAUGCUGUUUACUUUCACCUUGACUGGGCCCCAUUUGUAAUGAUCUGAAGUAUUUAUCUGCAUUAUAUCUGAAUUUAACUGGAACGAUACGAGCGAGCAGGAGCGUCUGUUUGUGGGCGGGGCUUAAGAGAGGGAGGGGAGGAGCUGAGGGGAAAACUGGUUGGGAGGGGUAGAGUUUACAUUCAAGGUUUCUCCUAAAAACUGGAACUAACUCAGAUCCUGAACUACAACACCUUUAAGACCCGAUAAGAACGGGUUCUUUUCAGGUUCUUGGAGCUGGACUCGCCUUCACCUUCAGACCCGCUCAGAUUAACCCCUCCCUCUCUGUCCCGUCUCUCUGCAGACGCCUGUUUCCUCGCUCAGGACCAGGGCGGCUGUCAGAACUACACCAUGAUGUGGUUCUUCGACACCGAGCAGAACGAAUGCGCUCGCUUCUGGUAUGGCGGCUGCGGCGGCAACCAGAACCGCUUCAAGACUCAGGAGGAGUGCGAGAACCUGUGUCUGCUGAAGAGCCGGUGAGGAGGAGGAGGAGGAGGAGGAGGAGGAGGAGGAGGAGGAGGAGGAGGAGGACUGAACCUUCACUGGGCUGGAUGGAGAAGAUCACAGCUGUAACAGAACCCUCAGAGAAAAACAUGCAUGUUCAAGAAAAAGCACCAAGAACCUUCAUCAGCAGCUCCGGGUCGGUGAAACUGACGACCCGGUUCUGCUCAGACGCCUUCAGGGAAAACGCUGCAGGUGUUUUUUUUCUUGAACCUGCAUGUUGAGUUUCCUUCACAGCGCUUCAUUUUCACACCACCACACAAUAAACGCCACAGGAAGGUCACGGCGCUGCUGCGGACGCCUCGGCGCCGCUCAGCAGGACGAGGCGUGUGUUUGAAUGUUUCGACCCAAAAUGAAUGUUUGCUCUGAUUCUGUAAACUACAAACCUCCACCGGUCCGAAAACGUCCUCGACAGGGACUGAACUUUCAUCAGCUGUUUCAUCUUCUGGUUUUUGUUUUUGUCAAAUUUCUGCUUCAUCGUGUUUUUUAGACGUUUUUAUAAAGUUGGAAAGAUCUGAACCGUGACAGACUCCAGAUAAACCAGGGGGUCCUGGUCCUGUUUCCAGAGUCCUGGUCUUCAGUCAGGAGGUGUAUUUUUCUGAGAUCAGAGCCACACUCUCACACGUGCACUCUCACACGUGCACUCUGGACUUUUCUGGAAGUUUUGACCUUAAAAAAAGUUUUUCUUUAAUUCUUCAUGAGUUUGUCGGGUGUGUGAGUUCAGUUCAGGUUCUUCUGUAGUCCUGGUCCAGGUUUUCAGCCUGACUUUACCGGGACGUUUCCCUCCACCUGCCUGUCAAAGGUCCGUGUGAAGUCAGGGUUAGUGAAUCAUCCAGAAAAUGUCCGGCGUGCACGUGUGAGCGCGGCCUCCCCUCUGACCUUGAAGGGUCAAACCAGACCCGGAUCUGCGGUGAGUCGGUGUUCAGGGUUCAUGUUGAGUCUGAGUCAUCCGGGUCAGGAUCCAGGUCUGUGGUCUCCACGGUGAAGUGUCUCCAUCUGUGUGUUUUAUUCCACUGACCGACGGUGCUUCAUGUUAAAAAACAACAAUAAUAAAGAAGAAUUCUCAAA